CGUUCGGUUGUUGGGCACGCGGCGCGCGCGCGUGUUUCUCUCUCUUUCUCUCACACUGUCCGUUUGACGUUUGGCUCCGUUUUGUUAUUUUAAAAAAUAAAUAUACAAAAAAAAACUACGAAUAAUGUGCGAAUAAUGUAAAUUUGGCAUAAAAAUAGCUUAAAAACCAUAAACAAAAUGCACAGCAACUAAGCGAAGGAGAGAAACGAAACGAAAACAAAACAAAAGAAAACUAAACGGGAAAGAUUAAACGACGCCCACGCAAAACAUACAAAACUACACGUAGCCGCUAAGCCGACAACUACAACAACAAUAGCAACAACAACAACACUCAACACACUCCACAACUGACAACAACAACAACAACGACACUUGGCAGCCGCAAACAUGGAACGUCGCCAAGCGUUAGACUCAUCGAUGUCUUCACUCUACUCGGCCAGCUCCUCGAAUCGCCAACAGCAACAACAACACCAACAACAUCAGCCACAGUCACAAUCCCAGCUAGACGCCUUCAAUUAUUCAGCAACAAUGUCAUCAUCAUCGCCAACGCCAAGCCAGGCAACCAACUGUUCCUCCCUUCGUGCCACAACCAUCGGCACCGUUGUCGUCCGCUGCGGACCCAUCCAGCUGGUGAUAGCGCUCUUGCAAAGUCCUGAAAAGAUCUACAUCAAAGUAGUUGAGCUGGAGCCAAAGAUCACAGCGCUGGGCGACAAUUUUGACGACUCGCUGCAAAUGCAACGAGAACACGAUGAAACGCUGCGAAAUCUACAGAACCUGCCCGGUCCCAUGGAUGAGUUUGUGCAAAAAGCCGACAAAUUGCUCGCAAGCAAACGCAUCAGCUCAGAGCUGGUCAAUGCCAUGGCCGACACACUGAACAUCAUCUGGCAAGACAUAUUGAAUCUGCUGCAAGAUCGCCAACAUAUUCUGCAUCUGUGCACACAGUUUCACGACAAGAUGACGCUGUGUUUCCGUCGCAUGGAUCAACUAGAGGAAGCGUGCAGCGAGUCGAUGACACCCACAGAUGUGGCGGGCGUGCAAGAGUUCCUCAACAAAUUCAAGCAGCUGCGGAUCGACAUGCUGACUGGCGUCAUGGCUGCACUCAAGGAUGGCAACGAGUUGCUCGCACAACUGCAAGAGCUGGAAAAGCUCGAGACACUGGACACCAGGCCGGAGCACAUCAAGCGCGAUGCCACACGAGCGGUGCACCAGGUUCAACAGUGGCUGGAGGCGUUGCACGAUCGUCGCAAUGCCUUGGAACUCGCUUGGCAGACGCGCAAAACGCAACUGGAACAGUGUUUGGCUCUAAAGCUGCUGGGACGCGAGCUCAUUGAGCUGGAAUCGGCGCUGCAGCAGGCCAGACAUGAGCUAAACUCCAUGUACAGUUUAGGAGAGUGCGAGCACUCGGCCAACCAGACGCUGCUCAAGUAUCGCGAGUGGAAGCAACAGGCGUUGCUGCUGCGCGAUCGCGCUUUGAAGAUCACACGCGCCAAGGAGAAGGUGCAAGCAUCCGGUCACUUGGCGGGCGAGGAAGCGUGUGCCAGAGCUUAUGCUGUCCUCAGCGGCUGCACCGAGCAUCUGGAUGUGGUGGAUCAACGCGAGCAUUGGCUGCAACUGUCGCGUGACUUCUUUGCCAAGGCGGAGCAUACGCUUAGCGUUCUAGAGAAACUCGAACUGGAGUUGGCCAGCGUCAAGUUGCCGCCGAAUUCACCCGAGAGUUAUGCCAUGUAUGCGAAGGUGUCGCGUGACGUUCGCAACUUCACGGAGGAGCCACUGCGUCUGGGUUACAGCAUUCUGGAUGAAGUGGGACGCACGCAGCCAGAGACGCAGGGCAUUAAGCGUGUGCUCGAUGAGCUGGAGAAUCGCAAGGCAUACAUUGAGGGCAUCUGUGCCAACAGCAGCGAGGAUCACGAGCGUGUACAACGUGCACUCAACGAGUUUCUGUCGCAGCACAACGAACUGCUCGCCUGGUUGCGUGCCUCGGGUCAGUUGCAGCUGCAGCAGAGUGUCAACAUGGGUCGCAAUCUGCAGCAGGCGAAACAGUUUCUGUUGCAGCAUCACGAACUCAUGCAGGAUCUGGAGAUCAAAGGCGAACUCAUCAAUCUGCUGCUCGAAUCGAUUAAACAGCAUCUGGAGUCGUUGAGUCCGCAGCAACGUUACGAUGUCGACUCCAAGGCGGAGGCAUUGCACAAGCAUUGGAUUGAGCUGAAGGAUUUGGUGUUGAAGCGCGUCGAUUAUGUGUCGCUGCUCAUUGAGUUCUUCGAACAGGCCAACGAGCUCUCUAGUCAACUGGAUCAUCUGCAGCGACAGCUGCAACAGACACCAGACGAGCACAAGCUGCAGUUCCUACAGGCCACUUGGGCCAACAUUGCCGGCAGCUAUGCGGAACUCAAAUCGUCCGGCCAGCGAUUCAUCAACUUGAAAAUUGUGGAUCCAUAUCUCGAGACGAAAUCCUCAGUGCAGGCAGUGGAAGAGACGCUGAACGGCUUCAGUAAGCGCCAGAUCGACGUGACGAGCAGUUUGGAAAAUUGGACAACGAACAUUCAGGAGAAGCGUCAAGUCGAAUAUCUACUCGAGAAAGUCAUGAGCGAUAACGAGGAAACUGUGGCCAAGAGCACACAGGUGGAUACCCAGCUGUAUCCGGUGUUCAGCACUUCCAGCUUGGACUCGAAGCAGCUGCUGACGAGCACACGCGAGAAGCUCUCGUUUGUCACCCAGGACAUUGAGCGUGCCCAGGAGGAGAUACAGCAACGCAUACAGACAACGCUGAGCAUACAGACAAAGGAUCAGCAAUCGCUGUCGAAGAUCGAGCAGGUGAUCAACAAUCUGCGCAUGCUGAAGGCAAAGCUCGAUGGCAUCAAGUACGACUAUCGCACACUGCUGGAGAGUGUGCUGCAAUUCCUCGAGAACAUUGUGCAGCUGCGUCAAGAGAUCGAUGCAUAUUUUGCACGACAACAAGCUGCAUCCACAGCGGGAUCAUCUUCGGGUGUCGAACGUACUAUAGCCGAGCAUGAGAAAUUCCGCGAUCAGUGCAUGGAUAAAUUUAGAUCGUUAAUCACACAAUCCGAACUGCUGAUCGAUCGGGUGCGUGUCUUGGAGCCGCCGGGUGCUCGCGAAAUCGACACUGAUCGCAUUUUGAAGUUGUUGGAGAAUCUGCGCAUUCACUUCGAGUCGAACAGCAGCGCCAGAAUGUCGACACUGGAGCGUCUCGAGAAGCUCGAGCAAUUCCGCAACGAUCUCGAUGACAUCGAUCGCAGUCUGGACAGCGUCAGCAAGCAAUUGCACGAUAUUAAUGGACAGAGUGUGGAUAGUCUGGCCGCAGCCAAGACCACGUCGCUGGCAUUUGAGUACUUUGAACGUACCAUUGAGAGUUCUAUGCCCAAGUUUAUGAAACUGAAGUCGACGCAACGACAUCAACGACGCUGGGGCCAAACGUCAGCGCCAACGAUCGAGCUGCUUGAGAAGCGCAUUGAAAAGUUUACCGAGACAACGAGUCAACAGCUGCUGAUCAGCAACCCGGAAAGCGAAGCGUAUGUUAAGGACGAGCUGCGCAAGCUCAACGACAAGUGGCAGAGCUUCAAAGAGCAGGUGAAGCAGAAACGAAAGAGCCUCAAUCAGGCCAAUGAAUUCUUCGAGGUUGUUGAGAAGAUCGAUGCAGAGUACCGUGAGAUCAGCUACUUCUACAAUAGCGUCUCGAAUAAGGUGCCGUAUCUGCGCGAUCCCGUCGAGGCCGCCAAUCUGGUCAAUGAUAUCGAAAAGUAUGUGACCAGUCGUGAAUCAGCGCUGCGCUCGAAGUUGGACAAUGCUUCACAGUGUGCUCACGAUAUGAACAAAGUGUCCAGCUUGUACAACGACGUGAUGAACAUUUUCCAAUCGUUCGUCAAGCUAAAGUUGGAUAUCAAUAUUGUCAUUGAGCGUCUAAAGCAGGAGCAACGUCAGCGUGAACAACUCGAGCGUGAGGCACGCGAUCAAGCCGAACGGGAUCAGGCAAUACGCGAGGCCGAAGCACGCGAGCGUUUGGCACGUGAGGAGCAAACACGUCUGGAGGCGCAACGUCAGCAGGCGGCCAUCGAGCAGGCACAGCGUGAGCUAGCUGCUAGGCAGUUGUCACUGCGUGAACAGGCGGUGCGCGAAGAGGAGGCACGCUUGCAGGCGGUGCGCGAACAGGCGGCGAGAGAGCAGUUGGCAAGGGAGCAGGCGGCGCGCGAAGAGGAACAACGCAUCCAAACACUGCGAGACAUUGCUAAGCGUGAGGAGGAGUUGCGACUGCAGACGCUACGUGAGGAGGAGGCACGUUUGCAAACGAAACGCGAGGAAGAGAUACGCAUCAAGCGUGAAGAGGAGUUGCGCCUCAAGCGCGAAGAGGAAUCACGCCAGAAACGUGAAGAGGAAUCGAGACAGAAGCGCGAGGAAGAAUCACGCAUUCAACGCGAGGAGAUUACACGGCUGCAAACACUGCGCGAUCAGGUGGAUCAGCAGCGCAUUGUUACCGAGAACAUACGCAAGGACAUCCAGGUGAAUCAGAUCUUCACCGAGCUGCGCUACGCUUCACCGCUCUUCGUGCGUCCGCUGAAGGAUGCUUUGACACGCGAGGGCGAUCGCUUUGUGUUCGAGUGCGAAGUUACCGGUACUCCCGAACCUAGUGUGGAAUGGUUCAAGGAUGGCAUCAGCAUACAGAGCAAUGCCGACUAUAAGACCAGCUUUGACAAGGGCAUCUGUCGCCUGGUCAUCGAGGAGACCUUUGCCGCCGACACCGCUCGCUUCAGCUGUCGUGCCUCCAAUCUGGUAGGCACCUGUGAUACGAAUGCCACGCUGACUGUGCGUGAGAAUGCUGCCGAGCUGCAGCUGGUGCCGCCUCGCAUUGUGCGCUUCUUGGAGAGUGGCAAGGCCACCGAAGGCACCUCCUUCCAGUUUAGCUGUGUAGUUAGCGGUGUUCCUCUCCCCACAGUGCAGUGGUUUAAGAACGACAAGUGCAUCGAUGACUCGCAGGAUUAUGUCAUCAGCUACAACAAUGGUGAGGCGACGUUGCGCUUCGAAGAAGUCUUCCUUGAGGAUGACGCGGUCUACACGUGCAGCGCUUCGAAUCCAGCGGGCAUUGAACAUUGCUCGGCUAGUCUCAUUGUGGAACCCUUGGAACCCACUGAGUUGCCCUGCUUCAAGUUGCCGUUGCAGAAUGCCAUGGCACGCGUUGGCCAGAAGAUCAAGUUGGAGGCUUUGGUCUCGGGCAUUCCCAAGCCAGAUAUUUACUGGCUACACAAUGGCAAACCCUUCCAGCCACGCGACCUCAAAUACGAAAACGGUCGCGUUACGCUAAUAAUCCCACAAGCGUAUCCAAACGACGCCGGAUCCUACGUGUUGAGUGCUAAGAAUCUAGCUGGCGAGGCAUAUAGCCAUUGCAACAUCAUUGUCAAGGGACGCCUGCCAAACGAGACGUCCGAUUCCGAGAUGGCCAGCGACAUCGAACCCAUUCGUCCGGCCGUCCACAUGCCCCUCAAGGAUGUCUCCAUGUUUGAGGGCAAACCUGUGCGCCUGGAUUGCGUGAUUGUCGGACAACCCGAACCGGAGGUCAUCUGGUAUCACAACGAACGUCCGGUAAAGGAGUCUGCCGAUGUGCAGCUUCUAUUCCAGGGCGAUCGCUGUUCGCUCUUCAUACAGGAGGUGUAUCAGGAGGAUGCGGGCAACUACAAAGUAGUGGCCAUCAAUUCGGCUGGUGAAACGUCAAGCAGUUGCGAGCUGAAGGUCACGCCGUUGAACAUCGCUGAGCCAGCCACUAGGGCACAAGCUGAACGUCAGUCUAUGCCCAAGGAUGCACAACCCAAAUUCGAGCGUUUGCUUUCAGAUGCGCUCGCCGAUGAGGGCGAACAGGUGGUGCUGGAGGUGCAGGCUAGUGGCGAUCAACCGCUCCGCGCUCAAUGGUAUUUGACCAACAAGGAGCUGCAGCUGAACGAACGCGUCACGGCGCAAUCAAAUCCCGAGGCGGGCAUCUUUAAGCUCAUACUGAACAAUGUGGAGGCCAAUGACAAGGGCGUCUACACGGUGAAGGUGUCCAACAAUGCUGGCGAUGCCAAGUGCUUCUCGCAUUUGAUUGUCAAGUCCGUCAACAUGCCAGAGAAUCGUCGCGGUAGUCAAUCGUCAGUGGAGAUCGUGGAACGUCAUCUGUGUCCCGAGUUCAAGGAGCUGUUCAGCGAUAAGCAGGCGCAGAUCGAUGAUGUGGUCAAGUUCGAGUGCAUUGUGGUGGGCAAACCGACGCCCAAGGUGCAUUGGUAUUUCAACGAUCAGCCAGUGCAUGGACACAACUUUUUGGUCUCCACCAGCGGUGAUCGUCAAGUCCUCACCAUACAGCAGUUAACACACGAUGCUGUGGGCAAAAUCAGUUGUGUUGCCGAGAACGAGGCGGGCAAAGCCACCUGUGUGGCCUUCCUCAACAUCAUUGGCAGCGGUCUUCCCGCUUCCAGUGAUGUGCAAACCAUGACCCAAGAGCAUAAUACCGAAUCAUCGCGAGUGACCAUCAAGAAGCAAACGUUUACUACCACCUCGACAUCGCAGGUCAAUUCCUACGAAGGAAAUGUGCCACAGACCGAGGUGCAUCACUCCUCGGCGCACAUUGAUCAGUCGCUCAAGCAGCUAGGACAACAGCGACCCGAGAUUGUCGAGAGUCAUCACUACCAGGAGCUGCACAAGAGCAAGGAGAUGAGCAGUCCUAGUGUGCAACAGAAAUCCUUUACACUCGUUCAGUCCUCCAACGGUGUGCCAGCUUUACCAGAUUCUCCGACGCGUCUCCGCAAGGAGAUUGCUCCACGUUUCACCACCCCGCUGACUGGAAAAAUUGUGGAUCAGGGUGCCAAUGUGAGCAUGGAGGCCAUAUACGAUGGUUUUCCUUCGCCUGAAAUUAAGGUCGAGAAGAAUGGCGAUCAACUAUUUGACAAUGAGCAUACCAAGAUUUCCAACAAAUUCAAUCGCGUCACCAUUGAGUUGAAGGAAGUGAAUGUGGCCGAUGCUGGACGUUAUGCGGUGACUGCUUCCAACACGGUGGGUCAAUCCACCAGCACUGCCGAUUUGGUUGUCAAAAAGACCAUCUUUCCGCCAGUCUUCGGUCGUCGUUUGCAGGCGCAGGUUAGCAAAAAGGGCGAGAAAUUGAUCAUGGAAGUGGAGGUGACAGGAUUGCCAGAGCCAACAGUGACGUGGCUAAAGGAUGACAAACCCAUUAAGGAGGCUGGACUGUCCGAGCAUCGUCUGCUUGCCCAGGGCAACUCAUACAAGCUGAUCAUCGAGAGAGCUCAAACCUCCGACUCGGGCAAGUAUAUGGUGAAGGCAACAAAUGCUGGAGGCGAGGCCAAGAGCAUCGCUGACUGCGCCAUACUCGAGCCAUCGCCGGAGCGUAUGCAGGAGGUGGUCAAGACGAUUGUUUACGAGACAACGCCGGCGACAAGUGAAUUCAAAACUGAAAACUACAAGUACAGCUCAUCGUCGAGUAUGCAGCAAAGCAGCAGUUCAACUCACCACGAGACCAAGUACACUUCGAACACAAUGCCGUUGAUCACACCAAGUCCAGUGCCAGCGCAGCGCAAGACGCCAGCUGCUGAGUUCAGCGACUACAGCAGCGAAGUGGAUGAACGCUUCCGUUCAGUGUCGCGGGCCAACGAGUCAGACACAGACAUCAAGGGCUAUCGCGUUGUGUUCCCACCGACACCAACUCCUCGCACCAACAUUGCCAACGGACACAAAUCGCCUGUGGUUGUGGUGACGCCAUCGCCCAUGGAGUUUGAACCCACACCACCUGAAGUGGGCAGCUACUCGCGUCCCAAAUUCGAACCGAUUGGCAAGGAAAUACGCCAUGAGAUUCGCACAGAGUCCAGCUCCAAACAGUCGAGCUUCAAGUCGAAUCAACAGCAGCCGCAACAUGUCUUCAAGCCAAAGCCUGUGGCAGCCAAGUUUAUAGCUGCCACACAGCAGCAACAACAGCAGCAACCACUGCCCACCUCGAGGCCAACCAUGUACUACAAUGCAGUUGCUGGCGCUCCCAUGCACACUGCCAAGGUGGCCCACGAGACAAAGAACGUGAUGCAGAUGCAUGAAUCGACAGAGAGUUCCCAGCGCAUUGUCAACAUGCAGCAGACCAAGCGAGUGAUUCACUUUGACAACCAACAGCAGCAACAGCAACAGCAGCAAUACAUGCAACCUCUGGAGCCUUUCCCCUACAGUCCGGCGGGUAGUCGCACUCCAUCGCGGCAAUCACACUUGCCACCGCCGGCCACACCGACCAAAUUCAUACCCGGCGAGUUCCGUGAAAGCGACUACGAAAGCGAAGUGGAAGGAGCACGCAUUCAACCGCUUUGGUCUCCAUAUGGCGAUGGCCUGACCAAGGGCUAUCGUCGUGUGGCGCCUCCGCAGGGUGGCGGACGCUCCUGCAGUCUACCGCGUACCUAUGAGCGUGUGCUGUCACCAAUGGAGUUUGAUCGCGGUCCCGAGAUGCCCAGCAAGAUCCACGUGGAUGUAAAUACGCUGCGCAAGGAGCAACGCGGCGGCAGCACGGUGACCACACAACAUCGCACACAGUCCCUUAAUCGCAACAGCACCUUGAGGCAGCAGCAGUACGGACUGGAUCAGACAGACAAUCAACAGCAGCUGCAGCAACAACAACUGCGUGGCGGCACCUUGCCGCGUUAUGGCUACAACACGCUGCAACAGCAGGCAGAGGGUCAGGGCAAACGCAUGGGUUCGACGUUCCUGCAGAAGUCGCAUCAGUUUGUCGAGGAUGUCAGCAGGGAUAUGCAGAGUUCGACGGGAUUGCGUCCCGGAUUCAGACGUGCUCCCAGCGAGGGCAGCAAUCAACCCCAGGCUUACAGGGAUGAAUCGCGAGUCUCCCAAUACGAUCAGGGCACUCAAACAGAGAGUCUGCUCAUCACAGAGGAGAAUGACGGCAAGCAGCAGCCACAGGCAGCAGAAGAGGACAACAACAAGACACCGCUACGCAAAUCGGCAUCCUUUAGUUCCUCUACAACAGCCUCCCAAUCACCGGGAAGUUCUUCUUUGGGAUCGGCCACAUCGACGAUGUCAUUGCGCUCCACGACGCCACAGAAGAGCAACAUAACUUCACCAGCUGGUCGUGCGUUGCGCAGCGAUACGAUUAACACAUUCCAGAAGUGGGAGACGACAGUCGAGUCCAUUAGCUAUGUGAGCACCAAGACCGUUUCCAUUUCGGAUUUUGGCAAGGAGCCACAGCUGCAGAAUGGUCAACAGCAGACGCCACAAGCAGUGCAACAUCAAGGCGGUAUUGGAGGCACCUAUGUACCGCCGUCGUUGACACACGUCUACGCCCAAGGCGAUAUCUCACCGCCAGUGUUCGAGCAAAUCUUUAAGAACGCACGUUUCGCGCAGGGCGGCAAUGCUCUGUUCGAGGGUCGCCUGCGUGGCAACCCAAAGCCAUUCGUGACAUGGACCCGAAAAGGCGCACCACUUCUCGAGUCGCAAAAGUUCCGAAUGAGCUAUAACGAGGCCACCGGUGAUGUAUCACUGCUGAUCAAUCAGAUUGGCCCCGGCGACGAAGGCGAAUACACGUGCACCGCUCGCAAUCAAUACGGCGAGGCGAUCUGCAGCGUCUACAUCCAACCGGAGGGCGCACCAAUGCCCACGCUGCAGCCCAUCCAGAAUCUGGAGAAGAACAUCUACUCCAAUGGCUACUCGUAUACGUCCAUUGAGGAGGAGUUCCGUGUGGAUACCUUUGAGUAUAGACUGUUGCGUGAGGUCUCCUUCCGUGAGGCAAUCACGCGUCGCUCUGGCUACGAGCAAGACACUCAGCUCUCCCAUGAGCUGGAUCGCUCUCUGGGUCCUGCGCAUGCACCACAAAUAUCGCAGAAGCCGAGAAGCUCCAAGCUCAUCGAGGGCUCCGAUGCUGUGUUCACAGCACGCGUUGGCUCCAAUCCAAAGCCACGCCUCACCUGGUUCCACAACGGACAACGUCUGGUGGCCUCGCAAAAGUAUGAGAUCUCCUAUUCGAGUGGCGUUGCCACUUUGCGUGUGAAGAACGCUAACAUCAAGGAUGGCGGCCAUUACACUCUGCUCGCCGAGAAUCUUCAGGGCUGCGUUGUCUCCUCGGCCGUGUUGGCUGUGGAGCCCGCCACUGAGACCGCCUACGAGCCUAAGCCUAUCGAUACGAUGGCUGAGCAGCUGGAGGCUGGCAAGGCAUUGCCACCCACCUUCGUUAAGGCGUUCGGUGAUCGCGAAGUGACCGAGGGUCGCAUUUCGCGCUUCGAUUGCCGUGUCACUGGCAAUCCCUAUCCGGAGGUCUUUUGGUUCAUCAAUGGCCGCCAAGUGCGCGACGAUGCUUCGCACAAGAUUCUGGUCAACGAAUCCGGCAGCCACUCGCUGAUGAUCACCAAUGUGACCCGUUUGGAUGCCGGCGCUGUGCAGUGUUUGGCACGUAAUAAGGCCGGUGAGGUUGCCAUCGAGGCGCAAUUGAAUGUGCUGGAGAAGGAACAAGUUGUCGCACCACAAUUUGUGCAACGCUUCAGCACGAUGACUGUCCGCGAAGGCGAACCCAUCAGCAUGAGUGCUAAUGCCAUCGGCACGCCCGUGCCACGCGUCACCUGGCAAAAGGAUGGCGUCCAAAUCUCAUCAACUGCUGAACGCUUUGUGGGCAUCGAUGGCGGCGCCACCUGCCUCGAAAUACCCCACGUUCGCGCUACCGAUGCUGGCUGGUAUCAGUGUACAGCACAAAAUAUUGCCGGUUCGACGGCGAACCGGGCAAGACUCUAUGUCGAAGUUCCCAGAGAGCAACCAAGUCAAGAACAAAGGCGUCUUAAUCUCCCAAGACCAACGAAAGUUAUCGAGCCUGAGCCAAUCCUUGGCCCUGAAAUCAUCUAUCUGCGUCAUGUGGAACGCGCCAAGCCCCAUCUGCGACCUGGCGAGGAGGAUCGCGUUUAUCCACCACCGCAGUUCAUCAUCCCACUGCAGAAUGUGCAGCAAACCGAAGGUGGUCGAGUGCACAUGGAGGCGCGCAUCGAACCUGUUGGCGAUCCCACCAUGGUCGUCGAAUGGUUCCUUAACGGACGCCCGCUGGCAGCCAGUGCCCGCGCCACAUCUGUCUUCAAGUUUGGCUUCAUUGCUCUGGAUCUGUUGAGCAUCAUGAGCCACGAUUCGGGAGAAUACAUGUGCCGCGUAAGCAACGCCAGCGGCGUGGCUGAAUCCCGCGCUAUUUUGUCGGUGGUGCAGCGUCCAUCGAUCGAACAAUCGUCGCAGAAUCCCAACAGCUUGCAGUACAUCAAUCAGCUGGAGGAUUAUUCACGCUAUCAGCGCCAGGAGAGCUCAGAGGAGUUGUUGAAUCAAGCUCCACAAUUCAUACGUCCAUUGCGUGAUCUGGGUGAAUUCGAGGAGGGCAAGAAUGUGCACUUCGAGGCACAAGUUACCCCCGUCAAUGAUCCCAGCAUGCGAGUAGAAUGGUACAAGGAUGGUCUCCCCAUCACGGCUAGUUCCCGCAUCACGGCCAUCUUCAACUUUGGCUAUGUCUCCCUAAACAUUUUGCACCUACGUGCCGAAGAUGCUGGCAACUAUACCGUGCGGGCCGUAAAUCGCAUCGGCGAGGCCAUCAGCCAGUCCAACAUCCGCGUCAUUACGCGCUCCCAGGUCACUGCUGACCUCGGAAUUCCCGAGCAGCAGCGUUACAUUGAGGGUGUCGAGCAAUUGGAGGACUAUCGCAAGUCGCAGCAACGGCGUCAAGUCCAUGAGGCGCCAGAGGCAAUUGCGCCACCUCAAUUCAAGACACCAAUUCAAAACCAAUUUGAUCUUCGCGAGCACGCGCAUGCGCACUUUGAGGCACGCCUCGAACCUGUGGGUGAUUCCACCAUGCGUGUCGAGUGGCUGAAGGACGGUCAGCCCUUGGAAGCCAGCUCGCGCAUCACAACCUAUCACAACUUUGGCUACGUCGCUUUGACCAUUAAACAAUUGACUGUCUACGAUGCCGGCACCUAUACCUGCCGUGCCUACAAUGCCAUGGGACAGGAUACAACCGUGGCCCAGUUGACGGUUAUUUCGAAGAACGAGAUUGUCUCUGACUCUCAGCAUCCGGGUGGUCUUCAGAAGAUCCAACAUCUGGAGGACUCUUCGCGCUACGGUCGCCGUGAGGAGGAGGAAACGUAUGUUACGCAAGCGCCACGUUUCCUUGGCCCACUUAAGGGCACCACCAAGAUCCUGGAGGGUCAACGCGCCCACUUUGAGGCCCGCGUCGAGCCACAAAGCGAUCUGGGCAUGAAGAUCGAGUGGUAUCACAAUGGUCGCGCCAUCACUGCCGCUAAUCGCAUCCAGACCUACUACGACUUUGGCUACGUCGCCCUGGAUAUUUCCCAGGUGCGUGCCGAGGAUGCCGGUGUCUACACUGUGGUGGCCAGAAACAAGCUAGGUGAAGCUCAGUUGCAAGCAACGAUGGUAGUGGAAACUCGUUCCAGCAUCGACACAUCUAGCAUGCAUCGCGGCCUCUACGAGAAGACGCAGAAUUUGGAGAACAAGCAGUUCGUGGAGCCUCAAUACGACAUCGAGGAGAUCUCCAAGUCCAAGCCCGUCUUCGUACAACCUCUCACCGAUCCCAAACCCAUCCACGACGGCAAGAACAUCCAUCUGGAGUGCCGUCUGGAACCCAUGGGUGAUCCCACCAUGCGCGUCGAGUGGUUCCAUAAUGGACGUCCCGUCACCGUCGGUUCCCGGUUCCGCACCUACUACGACUUUGGUUUCGUCGCCCUAGACAUCAUUAAGGCGACCGCUGCCGACUCUGGCGAAUACACUUGUCGUGCCACGAAUCAUCUGGGCUCUGCCCACACUUCGGCAUGUGUGCGUGUCAUUGAUCACACCGAUGUGGUGACUGAGACUCAGAACGAGCAGUCCUUAGAGCAGAUUCAAUUGCUGGAGGACUCGCGUCGUCGCCACCACCAGGAAGAGGAUAUCACCAUCAUGCAGGCACCUCAGUUUACACGUGCGCUGCACAACAUUGAAACCAUGGAAGGCACCAAUGUACAUCUGGAGUGCCGUCUGCAGCCCGUAGGUGAUCCCAGCAUGCGCAUCGAGUGGCUCGUGAAUGGCACCCCUGUGAAGACUGGUCAUCGUUUCCGUCCCGCCUACGAGUUCGACUACGUCGCCUUAGAUCUACUUGGCUGCUAUGCCAUCGACUCGGGUGUCUACACCUGCCAAGCCCGCAACCAACUGGGCGAAGCUGUCACCUCCUGUUCCGUGCGUAUCAUUGCCAAGAACGAUUUCAUUGAUUCGCAAACCCAGAACAAGUCGGGUCUGCAGAAGAUUCAGUAUCUGGAAGACUCGUCGCGUUAUCGUCGCAGCGAGUUUGUCGAUGAAGUGGUCAACAUUCGUCCACGUUUCCUCACACACCCCAAGAGUUUGCCCAACACUCGCGAAGGCGCCCAUGCCCACUUUGAGUGCAAGAUUGAGCCCAUCACAGAUCCUAAUCUGAAGGUGGAAUGGUUCAAGAACGGACGUCCCAUCACUGUUGGUCAUCGCUUCCGUCCCAUUCAUGACUUUGGCUAUGUUGCCCUAGACAUUGUGGGUCUGAUUGCUGAGGAUUCAGGUAUCUAUACCUGCCGUGCCGUCAACUUGAUUGGCUCCGAUGAGACUCAAGUGGAGUUGCAAUGCCGCAGCAGCGAGCAAAUCGUGACUGUUACCCAGAAUGAGGCGGGUCUCGAGCAGAUUCAUUAUUUGGAGGAUCGUUCGCGUUACAGUCGCCGUGAGGAGAUUGACGAGAGCACCAAGCAAGCGCCAGUCUUCACCACUUCGCUGAAGAACGUGGAGAUCAAGGAGAACCAACGUGCUCACUUCGAGUGCCGCUUGAUUCCUGUUUCCGAUCCUUCGAUGCGUGUUGAGUGGUACCACAACAAUCUGCCACUCAAGUCAGGCUCUCGCUUCACCGAGACCAACAACUUUGGUUUCGUGGCUCUGGACAUCAUGGCCACACUGCCCGAGGAUGCCGGCACCUACACCUGCCGUGCCUACAAUGCCGUGGGUGAGGCCAUCACCUCAGCUGUCGCUGUGGUGCACACCAAGAAGUCCAUCUAUUUGGAGUCGCAACACGAAACUGCUCUGCCACGUUUGCAGCAUCUGGAAGAUGGAUCGAAGCGUCAACGCAUCAGCGUCCAGGAUGAAUUCGUCUCGCAGGCCCCUGUCUUCACGAUGCCGGUGCGCGAUGUCCGCGUUGCCGAGAAUCAAGCCGUGCACUUCGAGGCUCGUCUGAUUCCUGUCGGCGAUCCAAACCUUAAGGUGGAAUGGUUGCGCAAUGGCCAGCCCAUUGAAGCCUCUAAUCGCACCACAACCAUGCAUGACUUUGGCUAUGUUGCCCUCAACAUGAAGUACGUGAAUCCCGAGGAUUCAGGCACCUACACCUGCCGUGCCGUCAAUGAACUGGGUCAGGCUGUGACCUCGGCCUCUUUGAUUGUGCAGUCCAAGACUGCCAUUCAGCUGGAGACCCAGCACGAGGCUGCCAUGCAUAAGAUCCAUCAACUAGAGGAUCACAGCAAGUAUCAGCGCCGUGAGGAGGAGGAAUACACUGUAACCAGUGCUCCGGUGUUUGUUACCAAGUUGAUUGGACCCAGCAAUCUGCAUGAAGGCCAGAGCGCCCAUUACGAGUGCCGCAUUGAGCCCUAUCCAGAUCCCAACCUCAAGGUUGAGUGGUUCCACAAUGGCAAGCCAUUGAGCACCGGCCAUCGUUUCCGCACCACCUAUGACUUUGGCUUUGCCGCUUUAGAUAUCCUUACCGUCUAUGCGGAGGACAGCGGCGAGUACACUUGCCGUGUGACCAACAAUCUCGGCGAGGCUGUUAACUCUAUUGUCCUCAACGUCACUUCGCGUUCAUCGAUCAUCCAUGAAACUCAGCAUGAGGAGGCGCUGACCAAGAUCCAGCAUCUGGAAGAUACUUCACGCUUCCAGCGCAAGACUGAUGAGGAUCAGUUCCAUGCCGAGCGCCCGCAAUUCGGACGCCCAUUGCGUAAUGCCAAGGUCAACGAGGGCAAUCCAGUGCAUUUGGAAGCCACUUUGGUUCCAGUGAACGAUCCAACUAUGAAGGUGGAAUGGUACUGCAAUGGUAGACCCAUCCAGACAGGUCAUCGCUUCAAGACCACCUAUGAUUUCGGUUUUGUUGCUCUGGACAUUCUGUAUGCCCACGCCGAGGACACCGGCACCUACAUGUGCAAGGCCAAGAACGCUGUAGGAGAAGCUGUCACGACUUGUGCUGUAAACGUCACAGCAAAUAAGACACUGGAUCUGGAUACACUUGAUGCUGAUCGCCUGGAGAAGAUUCGCCAGCUGGAAAGCUAUGCUCCACCCACCAAGGUUGAAGUGGAGGAGAAGGGCCAGAAGCCCAUCUUCCUCACUCCGCUCAGCAAUUUGGAGCAUCUGAAGGAGGGCGAGCACGCUCACUUGGAAUGCCGCGUUGAGCCCAUCAACGAUCCCAACCUGAAGGUGGAAUGGUUCUGCAAUGGCAAGCAAUUGCCCACUGGCCAUCGUUAUCGCACCACCCACGACUUUGGCUACGUUGCUCUGGAUAUCCUCUACGUUUAUGGCGAGGAUACUGGCACCUACAUGUGCAAGGCUACCAAUUUGCUGGGUGAGGCUGUCAACACUUGCAAUGUGCGUGUGUUGAAUCGUCGUAGCAUGAUUCUGGAUACUCAGCAUCCCGAUGCUUUGGAGAAGAUCCAGAAACUCGAAUCGAAGGUAGUCACCACUCGCACUGAGGUCGGCGAUCAUCCCAUUGGUCCACCUCACUUCACCGCCGAACUGCGCGGAUCCACGGAGAUCUACGAGGGUCAAACUGCUCACUUUGAGGCCCAAGUGGCACCUGUGCAUGAUCCUAAUUUGCGCAUCGAGUUCUACCACAAUGGCAAGCCUCUGCCUUCGGCAGCUCGCUUCCACAUCACCUUCGACUUUGGCUAUGUGUCGCUGGAUAUUACCCAUGCCGUGGCUGAAGAUGCUGGCGAAUACUCGGUGCGUGCUGUCAACGCUUUGGGACAGGCUGUCUCCUCUACCAAUCUGCGUGUUAUUGCCCGUGGUACCAUCAUCUCUGACACCCAACAUCCCGAGGGUCUUGAGAAGAUUCGCAAGCUGGAGUCGACGGCGCCUCAUCAGCGCCAGGAGAUUGAAACACCUGGCACACGCCAGCGUCCAGUGUUCACUCAACCGCUGCAGAACAUCGAUCGCAUCAACGAACAUCAAACGGCUCACUUCGAGGCUCGUCUGAUUCCCGUCGGUGAUCCCAACUUGAAGGUUGAGUGGUACCGCAAUGAGAAGCUCAUUGAGGACAGCUCUAGGAUUACCAAGCAACACGACUUUGGCUAUGUUUCGUUGGACAUCUCACACAUCCGCAAGGAGGACGAGGGUGUCUACAUGUGCCGUGCUGUCAAUCCACUGGGCGAGGCUGUUACCACCGCUUCGAUGCGUGUGGUCAGCGAGGCCAGCAUUCUGAUGGACACCCAACAUCCCGACAGCAUUAGUCGCAUCCACCAGCUGGAGAAACCUCAGGCUCCUCGUCCAGUGGAACCAGAGCGUCUCUUCGAGAAGCCCAUCUUCACCCAGCUGCUGACCGGUCCCUCCGAGUUGUGGGAGGGCGCUCAUGCCCACUUCGAGGCACGUGUGGUGCCCGUGGGCGAUCCUUCGCUCAAGUUCGAGUGGUUCAUCAACGGCGUGGAGCUGCAAAUGGGCUCACGUCUGCGCACUACUCACGACUUCGGCUUCGUUACUCUGGACAUCACUGCUGUAGUGCCCGAGGAUGCUGGCGUUUACAUGUGCCGCGCCUACAACGAAGCUGGUGAGGCUGUUUCUUCGACGGCCAUGAAGGUCAAGACCAAGGCCAACAUCGAUGGCCAGCCCUUGAUUCCCGAAUCCUGGGAGGCUAUUCGUCUGAAGGAAGCUGCCAUGAAUCGUGUGCCUGAGAUGUUUGUGGACUCGACACCACAGCAGGCGCCAGUGUUCACCACGCACUUGCAGAGCUACGACAAGUUGCACGAGGGCCAGCAUGUGCUGCUCGAGGCUCAGGUUGAGCCACGCGCUGAUCCUAAUCUGCGCAUCGAGUGGUUCAAGAAUGGCAUCUCUCUGACCACCGGUUCUCGCAUUCGCAGCACCUUCGAUUUCGGUCUGGUUACUUUGUCGAUCAACGGAUUGCGUGAGGAUGACUCCGCCAUCUACACCUGCAAGGCGACCAACCAGGUGGGCGAAGCUGUAUCCACAUCCUCGCUCAAGAUCGAAGAUCGUCACUGGUUGCAGGCAGAAUCUCUACAUCCAGAUUCGCUGCCUCGCAUUGGCCAGUUGGAGGCACCCAAGGAGGGACGUCCCGAGGCUCCUGAGCCUACAUAUGAGACUCCAGUGUUCAUCACUCAUUUGAACAACAUUGAGUGCAAGGAGAACGACAGCGUGCGCUUCGAAUGUAAUGUGGAGCCAGCUCGUGACCCAACAAUGGGCAUCGAGUGGUUCUACAAUGGAAAACCAUUGCAGGCAGCUGCUAAAUUCAAGUCCAUCUAUGACUUUGGCUAUUGCGCUUUGGAUUUGAGCAACAGCUAUGCUGAGAACAGCGGCAUCUACACUUGCAAGGCCACCAACAGCAAGGGAUCAGCCACCACGUCGGGCACAUUGAAGUGCACCGGUGGCAAGACUAUGUUCUUGGAUACCCAACAUCCACAGGGCGAGAGCGGCCUGGAAGCUGUGCAGGAGACCGAAGCUGAGCUGGCUAAUCGCUAUGCUCAGAAGACGACCAAGCCGGAGACUCAGUAUCCACCACCAGUGUGGACCAAGCCAUUGCAGCAGGAGUUCCAUCUCUCCGAGGCACAGCCCAUCCAUUUGGAGGCUAAUGUAGAGCCCAAGGAGGAUCCCAACUUGUUCAUCGAAUGGUACUUCAAUGGCAAGCAAUUGAACCAUGGUUCUCGCUUCAAGAUGACUAGCGAAUUUGGUUUUGUGACCAUGGACAUGAUUGAGGUGUACUCCAGAGAUCAAGGUAUCUACACCUGCAAAGCCUACAACAAGGCUGGUGAGGCCUUUACUUCGACCACCAUCUUCUGUUCGAGCAAGGAUAACAUCAUUGAUUCGACACAGCAUCCUAAGGGCGCCGAGGGUCUUGGACAGAUUCAAGAUCUAGAGGAUUCCCUGCGCAAGGAUGGCAGCAAGCCAGAGCAACCAGAGCAAGGAAUUGCUCCUCGCUUUACCACCGAAUUCGUCAACAUUGUGGACAUUGGCGAGGGUGAGUUGGCCCAUUAUGAGGCCAACCUCAUUCCAGUCGGCGACCAGAGCAUGGUCAUCGAAUGGUUCUUCAAUGGCAAGGUACUCGAGGCAAGCCAUCGCGUGCGCACCAUCUACGCCUUUGGCACCGUUGCCCUCGAAGUGCUCGGCACUAAGAUCGAAGAUACCGGCACUUACACCUGCCGUGCUACCAACAAGUACGGUUCAGCCGAGAUCAGCUGCACCCUGGAGUGUGUGGACAAGCCACGUGGCCAGAAGCCCAAGUUUACGUCGCACAUCCAGCCGUUGGAGGGUCUGAAGGAUGGCCAAUCGGCUCACUUCGAAUGCACCUUGAUUCCAGUCAACGAUCCGGAGCUCAAGGUCGAGUGGUAUCACAAUGGCAAGCUCAUGCGUCACUCGAACCGCAUCAAGACCGUCUCGGACUUUGGCUACGUCGUCCUGGAUAUUGCCUAUCUGCAGGAUCACGACAGUGGCGAGUAUGUGUGCCGCGCCUGGAACAAGUAUGGCGAAGACUUUACUCGCACCACCCUCAACUGCGGUGGACGCGGCGGUGUCUUCUAUGACAGCUUGCAGCCCGACUCUCUGCAACGCAUCCGCGAGCUGGAGUGUCCUCAGGGACAACAAACAGCUGGCGCUGCUCCUGUGGUUGCCGAGCCACCCAAGUUCAUUACCCAGAUCAGCGAUGUUACCAAGCUGGUUGAGGGACAGAGCGCUCACUUCGAAGCGCGUCUGACUCCCAUCACGGAUCCCGACUUGGUGGUGGAAUGGUACUUCAAUGGCAAGAAACUACCACAUGGUCAUCGUUUCCGUACCUUCCACGACUUUGGCAUUGUCAUCCUCGACAUUCUCUACUGCUACGAGGAGAACUCUGGUGUCUAUGAGUGUCGCGCCUAUAACAAGUACGGCGAAGAUGUGACACGUGCUACUCUGAAGUGCGCCUCCAAGGCCAGCCUCAUUCUGGACUCGCAGUUGCCACGCGGCAUGGAAGGCGGCCUGGAGAAGAUUGCCAAUCUGGAGUACAGCAUGGUGCGCACUCGCGAAGAAACCACCGAGGAGACCAAGGGCAAGGCCCCUGUCUUCACUGUGCCGUUAGAGAACAUUGAGAAUCUGCGCGAGGGUGAAAAUGCUCACUUUGAGGCACGCAUUACGCCCGCUGACGAUCCCAAGCUGAAGGUGGAAUGGUACUGGAAUGGACGUCCAUUGAAGGCGGGAUCUCGCUUCCGCACUUUCUGCGACUUUGGCUUUGUCAUCUUGGAGAUUUCUCCCGUUUAUCCCGAGGAUUCUGGCGAGUAUUCGUGCCGUGCUAUUAACGAAUAUGGUGAGGCUGUGACCACAGCUACAAUGAAGAUCCAGGGCAAGCGCAGCAUCAUAAUGGAAUCCCAACUGCCUAAGGGUAUGGAGGGCACUAUUGAUCGCAUUGCUGAGCUCGAGGGUCUUGGCUCUCGCAACACCGAGUUUGUGCCAGAGGACGAUUCUGGUAAACCACCAGAGUUCAUCACGACGCCAUUCGACAUGGUCAUCUCUGAGAAUUCGCUGGCGCACUUCGAGUGCCGCCUGCAGCCUAUCAACGAUCCAUCAAUGCGUGUGGAUUGGUUCCACAAUGGCAAGGCCUUGUGGGCUGGCUCCCGCAUCAAGACUAUCAACGACUUUGGUUUUGUCAUCCUCGAGAUUGCCGGCUGCUACCAACGCGAUACGGGUCUGUAUACCUGCAAGGCAACCAACAAGCACGGUGAGGCCACUGUUUCGUGCAAGUUGCAGGUCAAGGGCCGUCAAGGCAUUGUCAUGGAACCACAACUGCCCUCAAACUUCCGCACUGGCACGGAGAGCUUGCAGAAGUUGGAGGAGAGCAUGCACAAGCGCGAAGAGAUUGUCAUCGAUGAGGAGCAACCCAACCCGCCCAAGUUCAUUGAGGACAUCAAGGAUAACUUGGACGUCCCCGAGGGUGGCCCGAUUCACUUCGACUGCCGCGUCGAGCCUGUCGGCGAUCCAACAAUGCGUAUCGAAUGGUUCUACAAUGGACGUGUUAUGGCCACUGGUUCUCGCGUGCAUCAACUUAAUGAUUUCGGCUUUAUUGCUCUGGACAUCGAUUACAUCUAUACUCGCGACUCUGGUGAAUACACUUGCCGCGCUACUAACAAGUGGGGCACUGCUACUACCACCGCAAAGGUUACCUGUAAGGGCAAGCACAGCAUUGUGUAUGACUCGCAGCUGCCCGAGGGCAUGACUGCCGAGAAGCUGAAGGAACUGGAGCGUGGACGCAUCCCAGAUGCUCCCAAGGUUGUUGAAGAGCAGUUUGGACCACCGAAGUUCACCACCCAGAUCGCCUCGGUAACUGCCGAAGAGGCUGAGGCCGUGAGAUUCGAGUGUCAAGUGGAGCCUAAGACUGAUCCUAGUCUGCGCGUGGAAUGGUAUCGCAAUGGCAAACCUCUGCCUCUGGGUCAUCGUUAUAGAAACGUUUUCGACAUGGGCUUCGUCUCUCUGGACAUUUUGUAUGUGUAUAGCGAUGACUCUGGCGAAUAUGUCUGCCGUGCCGUCAAUAAUCACGGCGAGGAUCGCACUAAGGCAACUGUUUCUUGCAAGAAAUUGCCAACAAUUCUGCUGCAGAACCAGGUGCCUCGCGGCAUGAAGCGCUCAGAAACGCUCACUCAGAUGGAGGCUACCAUCAAGAAGUACACUUCUGAGGUGCAUUUGACCGAGGAUGAUCUGUUCGAUCCUGAUCGCAAGCAGCCACCUCGCUUUGUUACCCAGAUCAAGGAGCAGACUUCGCUCACAGAGAUGGCCAAGACCAAAUUCGAGUGCCAAUUGGCACCAGUUGGUGAUCCAAACAUGAAGGUCGAAUGGUUCUUCAACGGCAAACCUUUGCUUUAUAAGAAUCGCUUCCAGCCCAUCUACGAUUUCGGUUAUGUUGCCAUGAACUUUGGCUGGGUUUAUCCCGAGGAUAGUGGCGAAUACGUUUGCCGUGCCACCAACUUGUACGGCAUGGACGAGACUCGCGCCAUCAUCAAGGUAUCUGGCAAGCCUGGCAUUGUCUACGAUUCUCAACUGCCCGCUCACAUGCAGAGCAUUGAUCGCAUUCGUGAAAUGGAAGCCUCAUGGCAAGUUGUGCCUGAGGCUGCUGAUCCUGAUGCGAAGCCCAGAACGAAGCCCGUGUUUGUCAGCAAGCUGGAGCCACAGACUGUUGAGGAAGGCGAUCCUGCCAGAUUCUGUGUUCGUGUCACUGGACAUCCACGUCCUCGUGUCAUGUGGCUGAUUAAUGGACACACUGUUGUUCACGGCUCGCGUUACAAGCUGACUAACGAUGGUAUGUUCCAUCUGGAUAUCCCGAAGACCCGUCAAUACGAUACUGGCAAGGUUGAGGUUAUUGCCCGUAACUCUGUGGGUGAAUCGAUUGCUUCCACCGAAUUGAGUGUUGUGGCUCGUUCCGAUGACUAUCGCAAUGUGCUUAAGAAUUCACCACGUCGCAUCGUUGGAUCCAAGGACUACCGCAAGCCUGAGUGGGUGUCUCACAUGGAGGAGAUGCAAGUCGCUCUCAAAGAAACCACAACCACAAAAGUGGAAAAACAAUUCAUACAGCAACAACAAGAACAAGUACAAGAACAACAGCACCUACAAAUACAGGCUGAACAAACUGUGCAUAGAAAAACGAAAACCAAGAAGCAUAAAAAACAUACAGAUAUAAUACAUCAAGAACAAGAAGUACACCAACAUCAUGAAGUUGAGAAAGAAAGUCUUGAGGCAAUUGACGAUUCCGAAUACGUGCAGGAAGAAACCUUUGCCAAAGAAUUUAACACUGAAUCACCGAAACUUGAAACACUUGAGCAAAUUGAAGACCUUUCACCACAUGUCACAACACUAUCCACGCAAAAUCUACCAAAAACUAUACACGAAAUAGUUUCAGGUGUAAAUACCACAGAACUUUCCACACCGAAACCAGUCGAAGCUCAAAUCCAAAAUGAUAUUUUACCACAAAAGACUCUAGCACUUAAAGAGGAAUGCAUGGCAUUUGAUGAGGUUAGUUCUGGUUUGGAUCAGUCCAAACCACAAGUUAGCAGGCUUAGUGAGCAGGUUGAGGUACAUGAGAGGCAUGCGGUUUCCGUUAGUGAGACGCAAACAAAGGAAACUCCCAAAGAAUUAAAAUCUUCGAAAAUUCCAAAACUUUUAAAAGCUGAGCGAAAGGUGAGGGAAUCGCGUCCAUUGCUAAUCGAAUCGCCAAGCAUCGCGAAUUCAGUUGGAGAUCUAGAAUCUCUAAAAACUCCGGCGCAGCAAGCUCAUAGCGAGAUUUUACUGUCACAUGAACUUACAUCAGAACAAAAUACAACAUUGGAUAGUUUGGACGCUUUGAAGACUCCUUCAGUAGCCACAGAAAACGUUCAAUCACAGUUUCUGCCGAUGGAAGGACUUUUAGUCUCAGAAAAUUUCAGAGGCGAAACUAUUGCAAAGGAGGUGUUACAACUUAAACCUGUCAGUGAGCAAAUAUCUCCGCAGUUCACUUCAAACUUAAGUGUUGGCAUUAGCGAAUGUCAACCCGAAGAUUCUAUAACUAAGCUUAAACCUCAUUCGGAAGCUAGAACUGAGACCAUGUCCACAACCAUACAAGAAUUUAAGGCAUUUAGCACCAGUGAAUCAAAAGUAUUAGAAAGUGUUGACGAAUUGAGUCAAGAGUCGCUUCCCGUCAAAUCACUAGCUGAAUUUUCCAUUAAGCCUGAAGAGGCUCCACUAUUGGUACAGGAAGUUGAAAAAAUGGAAACGCUCGGUGGAGAAGAGCCCGUAAAGAAACGACCAGCUGAAUUUAAGGCAGUCCAAGAAUUGGUCUUAACUGAGGGCUUAAUAAACACAAUGGCAGAUUCGCGAAGUCCAACUGAAGAUAGCUUACCAACAUUCAAAGCCGACUCGCAAGAAGCUCAUUUCAGUUUAGAAACUCAAUCACACAUAAUUACGCAGGAGACUAUAUCUAGUGAAGAAAGUCCAAGCGACUUAAUUUUAUUAAAUAUUCCCAAAAACGUCGAUGCCACAGUCAGUCAAACAAUUUCCCAUCCAGUUGGCGAAAUCACUGAAACUCAUUCGGUUGAAAUGGCAGAACAACUUUUGAAGCCUUUAGUUGAACCUGUGAAGCCUGUAAAAGAAACAAUUACCAGUUCACUUGGCACUGCAUUAGAAAACGAAGAAGUCGUUUAUGAUACCGUUGAUGUAAUCGAUUAUGCGAAAACAGAUCUCAAUCAAGGAAAAAUAAGUAUAACGGAGGGCGAACAAGUUGCUGAAGUGCAUGCACAAACAAUUAUAGAUUCAGAGCAGCAGUUACUUCCAAAAAUUCCCGACAGCGUACAGGCAAAACUAGAUAUUAUUGAGCAAAAGGCAAUACAAAUUGAAGAGGAAACAGCUAUUGAGAAAGAGACUCUUUUGUCUAUACCAAAAGAUGCAGUUGGACAAGCUGCACAACAAGGAAUAAUUCCCGGCGAGUUAAAGGUUACCAGUACAUGGGAAGUGCAGCCUCAACAAACAUCCGUUAAUAUUGAAAGUGAAGAUAUCAAACCAGUAUCUGCAAUUCCAGCGUUCGAAACCAAGCCAAUUGGCGUUAAAAGUCAACAGGACUUGCUGGAGGGUACAGAGUAUCUGGAAGAGCUUCAACAACCCGAUCAGAAAUCUGGAACGUUAGUUAUGUUUGAAAAUCAACAACCCUUGGAGAUAACUGAUGUUCAGAUUACUGAAACAAGCCCCGAGCUUAUCGAUACAUUGCCAAAGCACACAAAGUCAUCAGCACAUGAAACCACGGAUACACUUGCGCAUACAGAGCACACGGAAGUAAUUUUAUUGGAGUCCACUUUAAAACAUGAGAGUGAAAGCAAGCCAACUUCAGUAGUGGCUGAUAUAACAAUACCUCCACUAUACGGUACUGAUGUAACUGAACAAGCUUUACUUGAAACCCUACAGUCUCAUGAGGAGAAAGCACAACCUCAGGAGCAAUUCACAGGACCCACAUUUAGUUUACUACAACCACUAGAAACCAGUUCCUUGAUAACUAUAGAACAGGAGACGACAAUGCCAUCAAAAGAUGUUGGCACCCUACACAACGCAGCUAUUUCUACAUCUGGAGCUUUGAGGGUAGCAAGUAAGGUGGGCAAUCAGCAUAUGGAAUCGCUUCAAGAGCUUGAUGAAAGGACCCAACCUCAACAACAUGCUCAUGUUGAUAUUGGUGAGAUUACCGCAGCCGAAUGUGAGGAAGUAACAUCUUUGGAUACUGUUAAAAAUUACGAAGUCCUUGAUAUAAAUAAAUCUAACAUUGGUAAUGUGGAAAUUAUACAAAAUACCUCUGCAAUAAGCACAUCAACAGCAAUGAUUAGUGAACAAGCAGAUGAAAUCAAAGAGUCAACUACAAUUCAACCAACAGCGAUCGCACCACAUUUCAGUGAUUUUACCAAAAGAUCUCCACUGUCAGAGGAGCCAACUGUUUUGGAUUCUGCUGAAGAGCUUACAUCCAUUAUACCUACACCGCAAAAUAGCCAACUAAUAAUAACCAAAUUAGAGGAGAUAAAUGUUCAAGAGACCAAAACAUGUGAGAAAGAGGAUCAAUUUGAACAAAUCAGGCAACCCAUUGCACAAGCAACUAAAGUUACUUUGGAUUCUACUACGGGAGUGGUUAUUAGUCAAAAAGAAUAUACUUUUGAAUCAGAACAAGAUUUCCAAAUUCCCAAAGUUCCUUUGGAGCAUGCAAGGCCCGUUGCUUCGGACUUACUAAGGACUCCAUUGACGGAAAAAGUGCACGAAAAUCAGGCGACCGCGAAUCUUGAUGAUUUUAACGUAUCUAGUAAACUCGCCAAGUCAAGCAUUGAUACAUUAAACGAAACUAGUACAACGGAAAUUUUAGUUUAUGACUACAUAAAAGCUGAUAAAAGCGGCGAGGAACCUGAGUGUAUAGGAUCACAGACAAUAAUUCCACAUGAACAUACGGUAAUCUCAGAAUGUAUGCCUAUAGUCGACGUGGAAGGAUUUAGUGAAACGCCUGAGAAGCAAAGAAAUGCUCAUCCCGUUCAAGAUAGCUUUAGCCAGUUAGCUAUUUCAGAACAUCAAAAUAUUUUGCAUGCUGAGAUGACCUUCGAUAUAGCACGUUCACAAGAGUUUAGUGCUAAGAUUAAUGAAGUUAUUCCAACAUUAAUAAGUAAAAAUGUGAAUGAGGUUGAAGUGUAUGAAUCGACGGAUGAAACAAAGGCUAGUGAUAAUGUUAGCGGUAUACAUGCGGAAAUUUCGCAUGUAAAAACAUUUGCACAUGUGACAGAUCUACAGCAAACAGUAGAAACGACAGAUACCUUUAUUACACAAGCCUUAAGCUCAUCGUCAGUAACUCCUAACGAAAACGCAUCACAACUGAAGUUACCUGUGAAUACAUCAAUCCGACUCGUAGAGGACGCAAAAGAUUUUACUGUUCCUACAUUAAAUACGGCAGUUGCCCAACCGAGCUUGGCAGAAAAACAUUAUGAAGUGACAGUCACCGAGAGUCAAUGUGCCGAGGGUGCUGAACUUAUUUUAUACCCCCAGAAAACAUUAGCCAGUGCCACGGAAUCAUUAAAUGAAAUGUUUCAAACUACGCCAGAAUCAUUGGAACUGGUCACUUAUCAAAAAGAGACCGAUAUAAAGCCGGCAGAAUGUGAAGAGGGUGUUGUUAAGUCAGUAUUAAGUGACAUUCUUCAAUACACCACAACUUCGGAUGUAUUGCCUUUUGAAGUGUCGGAGCAGUUAGAACAUCCCAAAAUAGUAACUCAGGAAGCUCAAAUACAUUCAUUACUAACUUCAGAUGCAAACAAAUUAAACGUGAAAGUGGAUGAAUUAGUUCUUCAAAAGGAAGACACAUUCGCGGAUUCUCGUCUAAUUGGGCACGGCAAACUUUUUAUUGAAGGAACGCAACGAGAAACAGUAAUCUCUGAGAUUUUGCCCAUGGAAAAUGUUGGCAACGUAGAUAGAGGCAACGAAGCGAUACCAGUUGAAGCACAAGUUUCGACACCAUUACAGUCACAUACAACUAUAUUGAAGGUUGAUGCAUUUGAAAAAACAGAUGAUCUAAAACCCAAAUAUCAAGAUGAAGAACACUACGCAAAGAUAAAAAGUGACUCUCAAACGAAAUGCGCAAGAGUGACAACAACUCAAACGCCGUUCAUUAAAGAAGAUGAUUUUGCUCCCCUUUCAAUUAUUGAAACAAGAGCUCAAAUUUCCAAAACACAAAUGGAACCAUUGGUGACCGAGGAAAUUAUUGGCAUGAGUUCCGUUCACGAAACUUACGACUUACAACGACCAAAAGAAGCAAAUGCAAAUAUAAUUCGCGAGUCUCCAAAUGAGGCUGUUACAAUUACUAAUCAGUUGGCUUAUGAAGAAUCUCCUACAAUACCGCAAGCAAAGAACAAUUAUGCCAAAACAAAUAUUAACUUCGUUGAGAGCUCUACUAAAACGGUUGAAGGAUCAACUGUAAACGUAUACGAAAACGUUGAAGGACAUGGUGACUUUAAACCUCAAACUGCAAAGACCACCUCUGACAUAUUUGCAAACAUGAAGGUUUCGGUUGUGGAAGAGGUUUCUGUUUUACCAACUGUGGAGAAUAUAUCAGGAACAGGGCCUAAAGAAGCUAUAGCAAAGGCCGAAAAUAUUAUGCAUAGAAAUUUACUUGUAAUGGAUCAACUAAUAUAUGAAAAUGUGACAAAUUUAUCAGAUAUCCCUCCAGGAACAGAUAGUGCGUCUUUUGCGCCUAUUGAUGAAAAAUUCGCACCACUUUCUAGUGAAUUUCAUGAGAAGGGGAACCUUCUUGAAACAACUAGUCCUACACUAGACGUAGAAUAUGCAAUUCCAACAAUAAUGCCAUUUAGUUCUUGUCUUCAUGGAGAAACUAUUACAGAAGAACGAGUCACAAUACUACAUAAACCAGAAGAUAAGCAGCUCAUAAAUGCAAAUGUUAGCUUUGAACAAAACACCUCAAAUCAAAUUAAAGUGCUCAGCUUAACGACAGGUGAUGCACCAAUUGAAAUGGAUGAUGUAAAAAUUGAAAAUAAACACGUCAAUUUGCCUCUUGAUAAUAUACUUCUUGAAAACGCACAAUGUACGAAAACACAAAAACCAAUUAAAAUUAAGCAUACUAAAGAUGCCAGUCCUGCAGACUUGGAUAUACUUUCUGAGUCUCAAUCACAAACUUCAUCAAAAACUGAGUAUGAAAGUUUAAGCUUAUUUGAAACGGUAAAAGCAUCGCUGGAUACAAUACAAGCCACAGACACACAACACACAAAACAAAAGACACCAACACAAAUAAAAGAAACAAAAGAAGUUGAAAUAUUGGAAAUUCCUGAAACAAUUCAAGUUGUAGAGGAAAUCUCAAAAGAUGGAAAGCUUAAGAAAAAGAAAAUACGUACUCGAAUAAUUAAAAAAGUUAAGGGCGAUAAACAAGAGGUCACCAAGAUCGAAACCGUCGAAGAAGACGACAAACAACCUGAAACUACUGUCACUUUCGAAGAACUUCCUGUGGAGGAAGAGCAGCCUGAAAACAUCAAGGAACUUCCAGAAGAGGUUCGUGUUGUUGAAACUGUUUCUGAGGACGGCAAGCCAAAGAAGAAAAAGAUCCGCACACGUGUCAUCAAAAAGGUUAAGGGUGACAAACAAGAAGUCACCAAGAUCGAAACCGUCGAAGAGGAUGACAAACAACCAGAAACCACAGUCACAGUUGAAGAGAUUCCUGUGGAGGAAGAAAGACCUGAAGAAAUCAAGGAACUUCCAGAGGAGGUUCGUGUUGUGGAAAGUGUUUCUGAGGACGGCAAGCCGAAGAAGAAGAAGAUACGCACACGUGUCAUCAAGAAGGUUAAGGGUGACAAACAAGAAGUUACCAAAAUCGAAACCGUCGAAGAGGAUGACAAACAACCGGAAACUACUGUCACUGUCGAAGAACUACCUGUGGAGGAAGAACAACCUGAAGAAAUCAAAGAGCUUCCAGAAGAAAUUCGUGUCGUUGAAACCAUUGCUGAGGACGGAAAGCCGAAGAAGAAGAAGAUACGCACACGUGUCAUCAAGAAGGUUAAGGGUGACAAACAAGAAGUCACCAAGAUCGAAACCGUCGAAGAGGAUGACAAACAACCCGAAACAACAGUAACCGUAGAAGAAGUUCCAGUGGACGAAGAACUACCUGAAGAAAUCAAGGAACUCCCAGAAGAGGUUCAUGUUGUGGAAACUGUCUCUGAGGACGGCAAGCCGAAGAAGAAAAAGAUCCGCACACGUGUUAUCAAGAAGGUUAAGGGUGACAAACAAGAAGUCACCAAGAUCGAAACCGUCGAAGAGGAUAACAAACAACCCGAAACCACAGUCACAGUUGAAGAGAUUCCACUGGAGGAAGAACAACCUGAAGAAAUCAAGGAGCUUCCAGAAGAAAUUCGUGUCGUUGAAACCAUCACUGAGGACGGCAAGCCGAAGAAGAAGAAGAUACGCACACGUGUUAUCAAGAAGGUUAAGGGUGACAAACAAGAAGUCACCAAGAUCGAAACCGUCGAAGAGGAUGACAAACAGCCUGAAACCACCGUCACAGUUGAAGAGACUCCUGUGGAGGAAGAAAAACCUGAAGAAAUCAAGGAGCUUCCAGAAGAGGUUCGUGUUGUGGAAACCAUCACUGAGGACGGCAAACCGAAGAAGAAGAAGAUACGCACACGUGUUAUCAAGAAGGUUAAGGGUGACAAACAAGAAGUCACCAAGAUCGAAACCGUCGAAGAGGAUGACAAACAACCUGAAACCACUGUCACAGUGGAAGAAGUUCCUGUGGAGGAAGAACAACCUGAAGAAAUCAAGGAGCUUCCAGAAGAGGUUCGUGUUGUGGAAACCAUCACUGAGGACGGCAAACCGAAGAAGAAGAAGAUACGCACACGUGUAAUCAAGAAGGUUAAGGGUGACAAACAAAAAGUCACCAAGAUCGAAACCGUCGAAGAGGAUGACAAACAACCCGAAACCACCGUCACAGUGGAAGAGCUUCCUGUGGAGGAAGAACAACAGGAAGAAAUCAAGGAACUUCCAGAAGAGGUUCGUAUUGUGGAAACAAUUACUGAGGAUGGCACUCCAAAGAAGAAGAAGAUACGCACACGUGUCAUCAAGAAGGUUAAGGGUGACAAACAAGAAGUCACCAAGAUCGAAACCGUCGAAGAGGAUGACAAACAACCUGAAACCACUGUCACAGUGGAAGAAGUUCCUGUGGAGGAAGAACAACCUGAAGAAAUCAAGGAGCUUCCAGAAGAGGUUCGUGUUGUGGAAACCAUCACUGAGGACGGCAAACCGAAGAAGAAGAAGAUACGCACACGUGUUAUCAAGAAGGUUAAGGGUGACAAACAAGAAGUCACCAAGAUCGAAACCGUUGAAGAGGAUGACAAACAGCCCGAAACCACUGUCACAGUUGAAGAGAUUCCAGUGGAGGAAAAACAACCUGAAGAAAUCAAGGAGCUUCCAGAAGAGGUUCGUGUUGUGGAAACCAUCACAGAGGAUGGCAAACCGAAAAAGAAGAAGAUACGCACACGUGUCAUCAAGAAGGUUAAGGGUGACAAACAAGAAGUCACCAAGAUCGAAACCGUCGAAGAGGAUGACAAACAACCUGAAACCACUGUCACAGUGGAAGAAGUUCCUGUGGAGGAAGAACAACCUGAAGAAAUCAAGGAGCUUCCAGAAGAGGUUCGUGUUGUGGAAACCAUCACUGAGGACGGCAAACCGAAGAAGAAGAAGAUACGCACACGUGUAAUCAAGAAGGUUAAGGGUGACAAACAAGAAGUCACCAAAAUCGAGACCGUCGAAGAGGAUGACAAGCAACCCGAAACCACCGUCACAGUGGAAGAAAUUCCAGUGGAGGAAGAACAACCUGAAGAAAUCAAGGAGCUUCCAGAAGAGGUUCGUGUUGUGGAAACCAUCACUGAGGACGGCAAACCGAAGAAGAAGAAGAUACGCACACGUGUAAUCAAGAAGGUUAAGGGCGACAAACAAGAAGUCACCAAAAUCGAGACCGUCGAAGAGGAUGACAAGCAACCUGAAACCACCGUCACAGUGGAAGAAGUUCCUGUGGAGGAAGAACAACCUGAAGAAAUCAAGGAGCUUCCAGAAGAGGUUCGUGUUGUGGAAACAAUCACUGAGGAUGGCAAACCGAAAAAGAAGAAGAUACGCACACGUGUAAUCAAGAAGGUUAAGGGUGACAAACAAGAAGUCACCAAAAUCGAGACCGUCGAAGAGGAUGACAAGCAACCCGAAACCACUGUCACAGUUGAAGAAGUUCCUGUGGAGGGAGAACAACCUGAAGAAAUCAAGGAGCUUCCAGAAGAGGUUCGUGUUGUGGAAACCAUCACUGAGGACGGCAAACCGAAGAAGAAGAAGAUACGCACACGUGUAAUCAAGAAGGUUAAGGGUGACAAACAAGAAGUCACCAAGAUCGAAACCGUUGAAGAGGAUGACAAACAGCCCGAAACCACUGUCACAGUUGAAGAGAUUCCAGUGGAGGAAGAACAACCUGAAGAAAUCAAGGAGCUUCCAGAAGAGGUUCGUGUUGUGGAAACCAUCACUGAGGAUGGCAAACCGAAAAAGAAGAAGAUACGCACACGUGUAAUCAAGAAGGUUAAGGGUGACAAACAAGAAGUCACCAAAAUCGAGACCGUCGAAGAGGAUGACAAGCAACCCGAAACCACUGUCACAGUUGAAGAGAUUCCAGUGGAGGAAGAACAACCUGAAGAAAUCAAGGAGCUUCCAGAAGAGGUUCGUGUUGUGGAAACCAUCACUGAGGAUGGCAAACCGAAAAAGAAGAAGAUACGCACACGUGUAAUCAAGAAGGUUAAGGGUGACAAACAAGAAGUCACCAAAAUCGAGACCGUCGAAGAGGAUGACAAGCAACCUGAAACCACCGUCACAGUGGAAGAAGUUCCUGUGGAGGAAGAACAACCUGAAGAAAUCAAGGAGCUUCCAGAAGAGGUUCGUGUUGUGGAAACAAUCACUGUGGAUGGCAUUCCUAAGAAGAAGAAGAUCCGCACACGUGUUAUCAAGAAGGUGAAGGGUGACAAACAAGAAGUCACCAAAAUCGAAACCGUCGAAGAGGAUGACAAACAACCCGAAACCACUGUCACAAUUGAAGAGAGUCCAGUGGAGGAAGAACAACCUGAAGAAAUCAAGGAGCUUCCAGAAGAGGUUCGUGUUGUGGAAACCAUCACUGAGGAUGGCAAACCGAAAAAGAAGAAGAUACGCACACGUGUAAUCAAGAAGGUUAAGGGUGACAAACAAGAAGUCACCAAGAUCGAAACUGUUGAAGAGGAUGACAAACAGCCUGAAACCACUGUCACAGUUGAAGAGAUUCCAGUGGAGGAAGAACAACCCGAAGAAAUCAAGGAGCUUCCAGAAGAAGUACACGUUGUGGAAACUAUUUCUGAAGACGGCACUCCAAAGAAGAAGAAGAUCCGAACACGUGUUAUCAAAAAGGUUAAGGGUGAUAAACAAGAAGUCACCAAGAUCGAAACCGUUGAAGAGGAUGACAAACAGCCUGAAACCACUGUCACAGUUGAAGAGAUUCCAGUGGAGGAAGAACAACCUGAAGAAAUCAAGGAGCUUCCAGAAGAGGUUCGUGUUGUGGAAAGCAUCACUGAAGAUGGCAAACCGAAAAAGAAGAAGAUACGCACACGUGUAAUCAAGAAGGUUAAGGGUGACAAACAAGAAGUCACCAAGAUCGAAACCGUUGAAGAGGAUGACAAACAGCCCGAAACCACUGUCACAGUUGAAGAGAUUCCAGUGGAGGAAGAACAACCUGAAGAAAUCAAGGAGCUUCCAGAAGAGAUUCGUGUUGUUGAAACCAUCACUGAAGACGGCAAACCGAAGAAGAAGAAGAUCCGCACACGUGUUAUCAAGAAGAUUAAGGGUGACAAACAAGAAGUCACCAAGAUCGAAACCGUCGAAGAGGAUGACAAACAACCCGAAACAACUGUCACUGUUGAAGAACUUCCUGUGGAGGAAGAAAAACCUGAAGAAAUCAAGGAACUUCCUGAAGAGGUUCGUGUUGUGGAAACCAUUACUGAGGACGGCAAACCGAAGAAGAAGAAGAUCCGCACACGUGUAAUCAAGAAGAUUAAGGGUGACAAACAAGAAGUCACCAAGAUCGAAACCGUCGAAGAGGAUGACAAGCAACCUGAAACCACCGUCACAGUGGAAGAAGUUCCUGUGGAGGAAGAACAACCUGAAGAAAUCAAGGAGCUUCCAGAAGAAGUACACGUUGUGGAAACUAUUUCUGAAGACGGCACUCCAAAGAAGAAGAAGAUCCGAACACGUGUUAUCAAAAAGGUUAAGGGUGAUAAACAAGAAGUCACUAAGAUCGAAACCGUCGAAGAGGAUGACAAACAGCCCGAAACCACCGUCACAGUGGAAGAAGUUCCUGUGGAGGAAGAACAGCCUGAAGAAAUCAAGGAGCUUCCAGAAGAGGUUCGUGUUGUGGAAACAAUCACUGAAGAUGGCGCUCCAAAGAAGAAGAAGAUCCGCACACGUGUAAUCAAGAAGAUUAAGGGUGACAAACAAGAAGUCACCAAGAUCGAAACCGUCGAAGAGGAUGACAAGCAACCUGAAACCACCGUCACAGUGGAAGAAGUUCCUGUGGAGGAAGAACAACCUGAAGAAAUCAAGGAGCUUCCAGAAGAGGUUCGCGUUGUGGAAACCAUCACUAAGGACGGUAAACCGAAGAAGAAGAAGAUCCGCACACGUGUAAUCAAGAAGGUAAAGGGUGACAAGCAAGAAGUCACCAAAAUCGAGACCGUUGAAGAGGACGACAAGCAACCUGAAACCACCGUCACAGUGGAAGAAGUUCCUGUGGAGGAAGAACAACCUGAAGAAAUCAAGGAGCUUCCAGAAGAGGUUCGUGUUGUGGAAACAAUCACUGAAGAUGACACUCCAAAGAAGAAGAAGAUCCGCACACGUGUAAUCAAAAAGGUUAAGGGUGAUAAACAAGAAGUCACUAAGAUCGAAACCGUCGAAGAGGAUGACAAACAGCCCGAAACCACCGUCACAGUGGAAGAAGUUCCUGUGGAGGAAGAACAGCCUGAAGAAAUCAAGGAGCUUCCAGAAGAGGUUCGUGUUGUGGAAACAAUCACUGAAGAUGGCACCCCAAAGAAGAAGAAGAUCCGCACACGUGUAAUCAAGAAGGUUAAGGGUGACAAACAAGAAGUCACCAAAAUCGAGACCGUUGAAGAGGAUGACAAGCAACCUGAAACCACCGUCACAGUGGAAGAAGUUCCUGUGGAGGAAGAACAACCUGAAGAAAUCAAGGAGCUUCCAGAAGAGGUUCGCGUUGUGGAAACCAUCACUGAGGACGGCAAACCGAAGAAGAAGAAGAUCCGCACACGUGUAAUCAAGAAGGUAAAGGGUGACAAGCAAGAAGUCACCAAAAUCGAGACAGUUGAAGAGGAUGACAAGCAACCUGAAACCACCGUCACAGUGGAAGAAGUUCCUGUGGAGGAAGAACAACCUGAAGAAAUCAAGGAGCUUCCAGAAGAGGUUCGCGUUGUGGAAACCAUCACUGAGGACGGCAAACCGAAGAAGAAGAAGAUACGCACGCGUGUUAUCAAGAAGGUUAAGGGUGACAAACAAGAAAUCACCAAGAUCGAGACCGUUGAAGAGGAUGACAAGCAACCUGAAACCAUCGUCACAGUGGAAGAAGUUCCUGUGGAGGAAGAACAACCUGAAGAAAUAAAGGAGCUUCCAGAAGAGGUUCGUGUUGUGGAAACAAUCACUGAAGAUGGCACUCCAAAGAAGAAGAAGAUCCGCACACGUGUAAUCAAAAAGGUUAAGGGUGAUAAACAAGAAGUCACUAAGAUCGAAACCGUCGAAGAGGAUGACAAACAGCCCGAAACCACCGUCACAGUGGAAGAAGUUCCUGUGGAGGAAGAACAGCCUGAAGAAAUCAAGGAGCUUCCAGAAGAGGUUCGUGUUGUGGAAACAAUCACUGAAGAUGGCACCCCAAAGAAGAAGAAGAUCCGCACACGUGUAAUCAAGAAGGUUAAGGGUGACAAACAAGAAGUCACCAAGAUCGAAACCGUCGAAGAGGAUGACAAGCAACCUGAAACCACCGUCACAGUGGAAGAAGUUCCUGUGGAGGAAGAACAACCUGAAGAAAUCAAGGAGCUUCCAGAAGAGGUUCGCGUUGUGGAAACCAUCACUGAGGACGGCAAACCGAAGAAGAAGAAGAUCCGCACACGUGUAAUCAAGAAGGUAAAGGGUGACAAGCAAGAAGUCACCAAGAUCGAAACCGUCGAAGAGGAUGACAAACAACCCGAAACCACAGUCACAGUUGAAGAGUAUCCUGUGGAGGAAGAACAACCUGAAGAAAUCAAGGAGCUUCCAGAAGAGGUUCGUGUAGUGGAAACAAUCACUGAGGAUGGUAAGCCUACGAAGAAGAAGAUCCGCACACGUGUUAUCAAGAAGGUUAAGGGUGACAAACAAGAAGUCACCAAAAUCGAAACCGUCGAAGAGGAUGAGAAACAACCCGAAACCACUGUCACAGUUGAAGAGAUUCCAGUGGACGAAGAACAACCUGAAGAAAUCAAGGAGCUUCCAGAAGAAGUACACGUUGUGGAAACUAUUUCUGAAGACGGCACUCCAAAGAAGAAGAAGAUCCGUACACGUGUUAUCAAGAAGGUUAAGGGUGACAAACAAGAAGUCACCAAGAUCGAAACCGUCGAAGAGGAUGACAAACAACCCGAAACCACUGUCACAGUUGAAGAGAUUCCAGUGGAGGAAGAACAACCUGAAGAAAUCAAGGAGCUUCCAGAAGAGGUUCGUGUGGUGGAAACACUCAGUGAGGAUGGCACUCCAAAGAAGAAGAAAAUCCGCACACGUGUAAUAAAGAAGGUUAAGGGUGACAAACAAGAAGUCACUAAGAUCGAAACCGUCGAAGAGGAUGACAAACAACCCGAAACCACUGUCACAGUUGAAGAGAUUCCUGUGGAGGAGGAACAACCAGAAAAAAUCAAGGAGCUUCCCGAAGAAGUACACGUUGUGGAAACUAUUUCUGAAGACGGCACUCCAAAGAAGAAGAAGAUCCGUACACGUGUUAUCAAGAAGGUUAAGGGUGACAAACAAGAAGUCACCAAGAUCGAAACCGUCGAAGAGGAUGACAAACAACCCGAAACCACAGUCACAGUUGAGGAGAUUCCAGUGGAGGAAGAACAACCUGAAGAAAUCAAGGAGCUUCCAGAAGAGGUUCGUGUGGUGGAAACACUCAGUGAGGAUGGCACUCCAAAGAAGAAGAAAAUCCGCACACGUGUAAUCAAGAAGGUUAAGGGUGACAAACAAGAAGUCACUAAGAUCGAAACCGUCGAAGAGGAUGACAAACAACCCGAAACCACUGUCACAGUUGAAGAGAUUCCUGUGGAGGAGGAACAACCAGAAAAAAUCAAGGAGCUUCCCGAAGAAGUACACGUUGUGGAAACUAUUUCUGAAGACGGCACUCCAAAGAAGAAGAAGAUCCGUACACGUGUUAUCAAGAAGGUUAAGGGUGACAAACAAGAAGUCACCAAGAUCGAAACCGUCGAAGAGGAUGACAAACAACCCGAAACCACUGUCACAGUUGAAGAGAUUCCAGUGGAGGAAGAACAACCUGAAGAAAUCAAGGAGCUUCCAGAAGAAGUUCACGUGGUGGAAACUAUUUCUGAAGACGGCACUCCAAAGAAGAAGAAGAUCCGUACACGUGUUAUCAAGAAGGUUAAGGGUGACAAACAAGAAGUCACCAAGAUCGAAACCGUCGAAGAGGAUGACAAACAACCCGAAACCACAGUCACAGUUGAAGAGAUUCCACUGGAGGAAGAACAACCUGAAGAAAUCAAGGAGCUUCCAGAAGAGGUUCGUGUGGUGGAAACACUCAGUGAGGAUGGCACUCCAAAGAAGAAGAAAAUCCGCACACGUGUAAUCAAGAAGGUUAAGGGUGACAAACAAGAAGUCACCAAGAUCGAAACCGUCGAAGAGGAUGACAAACAACCCGAAACCACUGUCACAGUUGAAGAGAUUCCUGUGGAGGAGGAACAACCAGAAGAAAUCAAGGAGCUUCCCGAAGAAGUACACGUUGUGGAAACUAUUUCUGAAGACGGCACUCCAAAGAAGAAGAAGAUCCGUACACGUGUUAUCAAGAAGGUUAAGGGUGACAAGCAAGAAGUCACCAAGAUCGAAACCGUCGAAGAGGAUGACAAACAACCCGAAACCACAGUCACAGUUGAAGAGAUUCCAGUGGAGGAAGAACAACCUGAAGAAAUCAAGGAGCUUCCAGAAGAAGUUCACGUGAUUGAAACUAUUUCUGAAGACGGCACUCCAAAGAAGAAGAAAAUCCGCACACGUGUUAUCAAGAAGGUUAAGGGUGACAAACAAGAAGUCACCAAGAUUGAAACCGUUGAGGAGGAUGACAAACAACCCGAAACCACUGUCACGGUUGAAGAGCUUCCCGUGGAGGAAGAACAACCUGAAGAAAUCAAGGAGCUUCCAGAAGAGAUUCGUGUGGUGGAAACAAUCAGUGAGGAUGGCACUCCAAAGAAGAAGAAGAUCCGUACACGUGUGAUUAAGAAGGUUAAGGGUGAUACCGAGGAAGUAACAAAAAUCGAAACCAUUGAAGAGGACGAUAAAAAUCCGAAGACCACUAUAACUGUGGAGGAAUCAGAUGUAAAGAGUCCAUUUGGUGAAAAGCUGAAACUUAAAAAGCGAGUUGUUGUUCAUAAACCUGAAGAUGACAUUUCCGUGGUGGAGCUACCUGAAAGAAAAUCUAUAAUUAUUUCUGAAAAGCCAGAUGGCACUCCUACCAAAACAGUUAUUAAGACAAAAAUCAUUAAAAAAGUUCAAGGUCCCAAUAUGGAAGUCACCAAAGUUCAGACUGUUGAAGAAUACGAAAAACCACCACUGACAACAGUGACAGUUGAGAACUUCGAAGCCCCGUUCCCUGAUCUUCCCGAAGAAAAGAUCACAGAGAUUGUUGUCCUUCCAGAUGAAAUUAUUGAGUCGCAAACUAUAGAUGAAGACGGCCAAGAAAAAAUAAUAAAAACAAAAAAACGGAUCAUAAAGAAACCGAAAGAUGAGUUUAAUGAAGAAGUGACUGAAAUUGGCAUUACUGAACAAGAAUCAGGAGAGCCAAUUUACAGCAUAACUAUCAAGGAACUCCCCAUUACUGAACCUUCUCAAACUGAUAAUAAGUCAUUUGAGUUACCGGAACAAGUUUCUGAAAUAGAGUUGGUUAAUCCUGAUGGAACGAAGAAGAAAAAAACGGUUAAAACACGAUCCUUCAAAAAGAAUAUUGAUGACAAUCUUGAUGAGGUCACUACAGUUAACAUAAUUGAAGAAGAAAAUAUGGAACCAAUAACUACUGUGCAAGUUGAAAUUCUUCCCGUCGAGGAAUCUUCAGUAUUGCCAAUUCCAAUUGAAGAGUUACCGGAAGAAACUGUAAUUGAAGAAGUUUCUGAAAACAAAAAGCCGAAGAAGAAGACUACCAAAACGCGAACAUUCAAAAAACAGGGUCCUGAAGAAGAAGAAUAUUAUCAAAUUCAAACUAUCGAGGAAGAAGGCAAAGAGCCAUAUUCGUUGGUACGGGUUGUAAGUGAUGAGAACAUUGCUGACAUUAUAGACAUUAGCAAGCUUGAUGAUGAACAACUUCCCAAACACAAAAAACAAAAGCCACACAAACAGAGGGCGGAGAAACCAGAACACACUGAAACGGAACAUCCAGUUUACAUUACAACAUUUAAAUCUGUACAAAAUGAAGAUGGCGAAACAACAAUUCAAACAGAAAAUAAAAGAGUUUCUCACGAGGAAGGCAUCGUUGUUGAGGAAGUACUCAGUGACACAGAACCCAAUGUGGAAGACAUUACACAAUCAAACGUUGAAAUUACUGAAGUCAGCGAGCCUACAGACCAAUACAACAAAGAGUACACUAUCACUGAACCUGAUGAUGUAAGUGAAGACACCAUACCUACACAGACUACAGAUAAAAAACCAAAACAGAAAAAGACACAACCAAUUCAUUUCGAACAGAUUGACGAGACUGGGGAAAUCGAAGGGGGAUCUAGUGAGCCAAAAGACAAAGUUAAAAAGAAGCGUAAGGUUAAGGUUGAUCAAGAUAAAUUAGGUGAAGAUGUGGUUGAGCAAAGUCCUGUUGAUGAAAGCCAGCCAGGGCCACUUUCGAGAAAAGACAAACCUAAAAAGAAGAAAAUCAUUAAGUCAAAGAAGGAUGAAAUGGAUGAUUAUAUUCAAUUCCUUAUCCAUCAGGAGAUUCCUAAAACAGUUUUACAACCGUAUCUCCGCACAGAAAUGGAACUUCCUCAAAGGGCUCGUCGUGAUUCUUCUAUUAAACCAAUAAAACUUACUGCAAUGAAGAUUGAGAAGGUUGAGGUUAGGCAACCGAAAAUGAUUCAAAUAAGUUCAGUGGCGGAAUUCCCGCAAAUGUUAAAAUUGAAGACUCCCAAGCAACGACCACAGGAAGAGAAGAAACGGCGAUCUAGCGAAGCCUCGUUUAAAAAUAAGAAACUUAAGAGUUUGAUAAGGUUUAUACCAUUCUCACCAUAUUGUUUCCCGUAUACGGUUAUUGAGCUGGAUAUCAAUCGCGAAAAUGGGCAGCUCUCUCGAAAUUUAGAAGAGGCUGAGGAAAUAUUAAAGCUAAGACCUCAGAAAUUCAAGCACACCAAACCCGAAAAAGCUGAUUUGGAAAUAUUUGACAUAGAAAGCAUCGACAACGAGGAUAAACCGAUAGGCGAAGAGCAAGUGAAAUCAAAGUACAAACGUUCAAAGAAAAACAAAGACGAAGAAGUUAACGAACCCAACAAACUAAAGAUUGGUAAAGGAAAAAUUCCACAAAAUAUUGAGGACAUUGAAACUGUUGAAUUGAAACCAGUUAAGUUGGAUAAAGAAAUCGAGGAUAUAACAGAGAAGCCGGAGAAGCCAAUCGAAGAAAAACAACCGAAAAAGAAGGCGAGAAAACCUAAGGAGACCGACGAAACACUUGAUUCGAUACCGUUUGUGGAUAGGGAUGACGAGGAAAUUGGAGAUUUGAAACCAUCGUUCAAAUAUGAGUUGGUAGAAUUAGAGCCUGAAGAAAAAUCGGAAGAGCAAGACAAUAAAACUGAAGAAAAUCCAAUAACAGAACCCAAGAAGAAACGUAAAUUAAAGCUUAAGACAGAACGUGAAGAGAACGUAGUAGAAAUUGUUGACGUUUCUCCAAAUGAUACCGAUGAAAAAAUAUAUGAAAUAACUGUAACUUCUUCAGAAAUUGAUGAAACUGAUUCAAAGGAAAAGAAAAUUCUUAAAAAGAAAGUGAAGCGCAUGAAUAAACUGGAAUUGGAUGAAUUUAUAGUAGAACUGAAAGAACAACCUGACCAAAAUUUCUACGAAAAUACUAUGCACGAUUUCUAUGAGGUUAAGUUAACUGAGUUGCAACCAGAAGACAUUUCUACUGAUAAACCAGCAGAAAAAACUAAAAAACGUAAAAUUCUGCAUAAACGAGGAGAAGAUGAAGAAAUUGUUGAGAUUGUUGAAACUGUUUCAAUGCCCGGAGAGGAGCCACUAUAUGAAGUGACAAUAAGAUCGUCUGAAUCUGAAAAUAAAAUUGAUAGUCAAGACACAACCGAUAAGCCAAAAAUUAAAACUAAAAAGAUGAAGAAGAACGACCUAGAUGCCUAUAUACAACAACUGAUAAAUGCUGAAAUUCCAGUAACAGAACUAGAAAAAUAUGAAAAAACCGAAAUUGACGCUAAGCCAAAGAAGCCCAAGAAGAUUAAGACUAAGCCGCUUCAGGACACACUUGAUGAAAGUGAAUCUUUUGAAAUUGGUAUUAGCCAGCAAGAACCGAUUAAAAAAUCCAAGUCUAAGAAACCAAAGCCAUUAACUAAGGAAGAACAAGAGGUCAUAAUUGAACAAGAUGAUGUUCCUUCGUACGAUGAAUUCACAAUUAACACUAUCGACUCUCAGCCUGUUUCAAAGGAAUUCGUGGAAGAGGAAGUUCAUGAAGAACCUCUUAAUGUUGAUGACAUUAUAAUGGAAAUUCAUGAAACACUUCCUAUCGUUAUUUUAGAAGAAUAUGCUGAAGAUGUUCCGCAAAUUGUAGAAGAGCUUGAUCAAACUGAAAGGAAAAUAACCAAAAAGCGUAAGGUCAAAACAAGAAAGGGAUCAAAGCAGUAUGAAAUUGAAAUUGUCGAAACAGAAAGGCCAGAAGAUGAGCUUGACGAUGCAAAGAUCUUAGUUAUUACAACCGAAAUUGUGAAGGACAGUCCAGAUGGUAAUAAUAAAGAACCUCAUGCUCCACAGAAAACGGUUCGAAAAGUGAAAAAAGAUAAACUUAAGGAAUACAUCGUUAGCGUAGUUGAAGAGGCUCCUACAGAACUUAUUGCUAAACUUUCUGAAGAUGUUUCUGUAGUUAUUAAAGAAAAGAGUUUAGCCGAUGACGAUUUUACAAGCUUCACUACUACAGUAAUUGAUGACGUUACUGAUACCGAUGUGCAGCAAGUUGAAGAAGAAGCUGGCAUCUUAACAAGAUUGCCAAAAGAAAAGAAAAAGAAAAUACUUAAGCCAAAAAAAGUAAAAAUAUCGGAAGAUCAGUCACUUGAUGUUGAUCAGGAGGACCAGCAAGUGGACUAUAAUAGUGAUGAAGUUCAAUCACCCUCUGAACUACCAAGUAAGGAUUAUUUGGUCGAAAUCACCGAAAGUAUACCUAAGACAAAGAAGAAACCCGUAAAGAAACAGACUAAAGAACUAAAUCCAGCUCCUAUUUCCGAACAUGUAAUUCGUAUUGAAGAGCUCGAACCUGAGGUAAUAACUGAACAAAUUAUCAAUGAAGAAGGAAAGGAAGUCGAAAAAAUAACAUCAAAGCGUAAAAUAAAGAAGAAAACUGGUCCUCAAGAAUAUCUAAUUGAAGUUAUAGAAACUUACGUAGACAAUCAGCCUGAAGAGGAAUUAGUCAUACAGACUACAGAAGUAACUCCCGUGCCAGAGUCCGAGACACCUAAGGAUCACAAAAUAAAAAUUGUGAAAAAGAAAAAACCCAAAACAGAAAGUGUAGAUAGUUAUAUUCAAAAGUUAAUAGAGGAAGAAUUACCUAAAGUAGAACUUGAGAACUUUGAGACCACCAUAACAGAUUCUGUACCAGAUGUAAAGAAACAAAAGAUAACAAAGAAACAUCACAAGAAAACUACGGAAAUCGUUGAUGGUAUUCCACAUACAGUACAUGAAUUCACAAUACAAGAGUUUGAGCCUGAAGAAGAAAAACCAAUUCCGGAGUUCACAACAGAAAUUGAAGAUACGGAUACCGCAGAAACGAUAAAAGAUUUUGAAGUCGAGAUGCAAGAACAACAAAAACCUAAAACUAAGCCAAAGAAAGACAAGAAAUCGAAGAUUGAUGUCGUCGAGCAAGAACCAGUUAAAAUUGAAGAUAUUGCAGAGACUGUAAAAGUAACACAAGAUGUUUCAGAAGACGGCAAAAUAAAAGAAGUUCAAGUGAAAAAGCGUAAGAUCAUCCGAAAACAGGGCCCAACAGAGCAUAUUUUCGAAAUAACGGAGACCACAAAGAGUGAUGAGCCACUCACUGAAGUUACUGUUAUUGAGGUUGCAGAAAAAGAGGAACCCUCCGACCAAAUAGUAGAGAAACCCCAGAAGGUGAAAACUUCGAUCAAAAAACCAAAGAAGCUCAAGCCAGAAGAAGUAGAAGACUAUGUUAUAAAUAUUGUGGAAGAGUUUGCAAGGCCUUUGGAUGAAGACAAACUUAUUAAUAUAGUGGAAGAUACUCCUGAAACUCCUGAAGCUAAGCCAGUUAAGCACAAGAAAUCUAGUAAAAAAGCGACGGAUCAUAUUAUUCGAAUUGAGGAACUAGCUCCAGAAACUAUAAUUGAAGACGUAGUCAACGAAGAAGGCGAACAAGUUAAGCAAGUAAAAACAACCAAAAAGCUCAAGAAAAAGGAUGGUCCAAAAGAGUAUUUAAUCGAGAUAACCGAAACUUAUCAAGAAAAUAAGCCAGAAGCAGAUAUCGAAUUCACCACUAUCGAAAUACCUAAGGAGGACGUCUCUACGGAGGAAGAGCCACAACCAAUUAAGGUGGUACAAAAAAUUAAGAAGAAGAAGGCAGUGAAAGACGAUUUAGAUAAAUACAUUCAAGAGCUUAUUGAACGUGAAAUCACCAAAACUGAUCUUGAACAAUAUGAACCAACUGAAAUGGAAACUAAGCCCAAACAACCCAAGAAAAAGGUCAAACAUCAUGUCAAGAAGAGAGAGGAAAUAAUUGACGGACUUCCUGUAACCGUACAUGAAUUUGAUGUUUCCGAAGAAGAAUCGGAACUUCUGGAGUCAGAAUCGGAGCCACAAUUAGAUGAAACUGAGACUUUGCCCUUACUUCCAGAUGAGUCCAGUAAAUAUUUAGUGAACGUGUUUGACGAAAUCGUAGAACCUACAAAAUACACUGAAGACAUUACCGACACACUCAUAGAACCGACUAAAAAAGAAAAGUCGCUUAAAAAGAAAAAGGUGGAGAAAGCUCCCAUAAUUUUAGAUGAGGUAGAUGCAGUAACAGAAAUUAUAAAACAGCCAACUGAAGACGGUACAUUGAAGGACGUUACUGUGAAAAAACGUAAAGUAAAGCAUAGGCAGGGUUCGCAGCAAUUCGUUUUUGAGAUAACUGAAACUACUAGAGAAGAUCAACCUUUGGCAGAAGUUACAGUUAUCGAGGUAACAGAAAAUAUACCUCAAAGUGAAGAACAACAACCAGUUAUAGCCCACAAAACAGUUAAGAAACCGAAAAAAUUGAAAAUGGAUGUCAUCGAGCAAUAUAUUGUUAAUGUUAUUGACGAGUUUGUCCAAGUUUCUCAAGAUAAUGUUCCGGAAGAUGAAGUUAAGGAAAUUGAGGAAGAUGUUCCCAAGAAACCGAAGAAAUCAUCGAAAAAAUACAAAAUCAGUGAGCAUGAGGAAUUGGAGCAAGUUAGUCCAGAUAUAAAAGAAGAAGUUUAUGAUCAAUUGGAAGAAGAAAUUGUUGAAAGCCCAGAUCAAUACCCCGAUUUUACGAUUGAUAUUAAAGAAGAUAUUCCUAUCGAUGAAAAGAAACCAAAGAAAUCAAAGAAACAACCAAAGGCGGUGACCGUCGAUGAAUCUAAACAGCCUGAGCAGGAAAACUUCUUAAUUAAAGUAUCAUCUACAGAGGAAUUGAAGAGAGAUGAGUCACCAGAGCUAGAGUCCAUUCUAUCCCAGCCGGAAGAAAUUCAACCAGAUGACCAACCAAUUUUCCAUAUUGAAGAAAUUGAAACUGUUGCAGAUUUGAGUGAAGAACAGGAUGACAAGGUCGAGACUCCUCAAAAAGUGGUAACAAAGCGAAAGAUCAAAAAGCAAAUUGGUCCCAAAGAAGAAAUUAUCGAAAUCGUCGAAACUAUAAAGGAUGGCUUGCCAGAAUUUGAAGUUACAGUAAUUACUGAAGAGGCCAAAAAUGAAGAUGUUGAAAUUCCUCAAGAAGAAAAGCCAAAGAAAGUAAAGAAAACUAAAAAGGUUCAAAAGGAUGAUUUAAAUGAUUAUAUACAAAAACUGAUUGAACAGGAUAUUCCAAAAUCCGAACUUGAGAAAUAUGAAAAAAUCGAUUUUGAUGAACCUGUUAAAAUGAAAAAGAAGCCUGUCAAGAAAGUUAAGGUCACAGAAGAUCAACCCCAAGACACUUCAGAAAUAUCAGUUGCUGAGACACCCGCAGAAAAAUCAAUGUCAUCACAAAGUUCUGUGGACGAGCCUCAACUUAUGAUAACCGUCAAAGAAUUUGAAGCACCAAUGCCUGAAGAGUCUUCUUUCGAGGUAACUGUUCUUGAAGAAUUUGUGGAAAACAAGCCAAUUCCAGACGAACAGGGCGAAGUGAAAAUUAAGGAAGUGAAAACUAAAAAAAUUAAGCAGAAGAAGGGUCCAGAAGAAAUAAUUCAUGACAUAACAGUUAUUCGGGACAAGGAUACAGACGAAUCUGAAAUUACAAUAGUAACUUCCAGUCCAAGCCAAGGCGAAGAUCAAGAACAAGGAAAACCAGUAAAGAAGGAAAAACGAAUUAAAAAGAUUAAAAAGGACGAUGUUGACAAUUUCAUUCAAGCAGUUAUUGAAGAAGAUUUGCCAAAAGAGACUGAGGAUACUGUCGAUAUUAUCGAAGAAACAUCUCCUAAGCAAACUACUACCAAGCCGAAAAAAAUGAAGAGGAAGGAAAUUGAACCAACAACUGAGGAAUCGAGUCCGAUUGUUGACAAUGUUCAACUUGUCGAACAAGAACCUGAGAAAGAACCCAUAAGGGAAGAAGAGGUUCAAGUAGAAGAGACAAUUCCAUCUCCUGAAAAGCCUGAAGAAGUUGUUGCCCCUGAAGACGUCAAAAUUUCUCAAAAGAAAAAGAAACCAGUUAAAGAAAAAGUAAAGGUUAUUGAAGAGCAACCUGAGGAAAAUGCUCCUGAGCAGUCGUUUGAUGUUGUCGAACAAGACACUGAUAUUGAAAAGCCCGACAAUACCGAAUACAGCGUGACUUUCACUGAAGAACAACCAAAACAUGAGAAGAAAACAGAAAAGACUCCAAGCAAGGUAAAGCAAAUUGAAGAUCAACCAGAACAAUCAAAAUACGAAAUAUAUGUCAAGGAAAGUAUCGCUGAACCCGAAAACCAAUAUCCAUUAAACGUUGAAGUUAUCGAAAGUGAAACAAAAUCAGAAGAAACUACAGAUGAUGCUGGUGAUAUUCAUAAAGUGGUUACAACUAAACGAAAGAUAAAACGUCCAAAGGGUGAAACGGACGAAGUUAUUGAAAUUAUUGAAGUUGUAACUGAUGACCAACCUGAUGCAGUGAUUACAAUUGUAGAAUACGAGCCCGAGCAACCACAAAACGAUGAAAAGCCAAAAGAGCCGAAAAAGAAAACAAAGAAAAUCAAGAAAGAUGACAUUCACGAUUAUAUUCAAAAACUAAUAGACAUGGAAACUCCAAAAACUGAACUUGAGAAAUAUGAGAAAAUAGAUUUUGAGCCGUUACCUAAGGAAAAGCCCACAGAACCUUUGGAAGUUAGUGUAACAGAUACUUCUCAAACUGAAAAACCAAAGAAAGACAAAACAUCGAAACCAAUGGAAUUAACUAAAACAGAAGAAUCGCUGCCACAGCCAUAUGCUGAUAUUAAGGUCAUAGAGGAAGAAGCUCCUGAACAACCUGUGGUUCCUGUGGAAGUGGUAGAAAUAAAACCAAAAGUAGUGGAAAUCAAGGAAGUAAUUACUGAAGAGGGUAUUCCCGUUCAAGAGAAAACCACUAAGCGUGUCUUGAAAAAGAAGGGACCACAAGAAGACACAACUUACAAAAUCACCACAAUUGAAAGUGAAGAUAAAGAAUCUGUUACGGUUAUUGUUGAUGAGGAACCAGAAGUUGCUCCAGUAGAUAUAACUGAAAGUCAACCAGAGAAUGAGGACGUUAAAGCACCAAAAGCAAAGCCAAAGAAAACGGUCAAGAAAAUUAAAAAGGAUGAUUUGGACGAUUAUGUCAAGAAAUUAAUUGAGGAAGAAAUACCAAAGAUCUCAAUGGAAAAGUACGAAAAGGUGGAAAUGCCAGAAAAACCAAAGCAACCAAAAGAAAUCCCAAGCGAAAGUGUUCCAGAAGAGGAUACACCUACUAGGCCAGAACAACCAUUAGCAGAUCUUGAAUCAAUCAAACCUAAAAAGACCAAAACAGUUAAGCCACAGCCAGUUGACAAGAUAGAACAAACACCAGACGAACCGACAGAGACUAUUGUAGGAACUGAAGACGUUACGGAAGACACACCAAAACAUAUUGCACACCCCGAGGACACAGCCACAGCACAAAUUACACCAAGCGCACAAGAUGAGAAAUCUACUCAAGAAGACACUAAAGAAACAAUUCAGAAAACAAUUAAGCAUAAGAAAGCUAAGCCAGACACAGUUCAAAGCGUUGAAACAAGUGAAGCACCCGAGGUUCAUAAGGAUUAUCACAUAAGCGUAAUCGUAGAAGAACCAGUUGAAAGAGAAGAACAGCCCGACAGGAUUUUGGAAGUGAGAGUCAUUGAUGAAGUUGCCGAAAUCGAAGAAUCACAGCCCAUCGUUGAAGAAGUCGAAGAAGAGGAUGAACAACCAACAGAUGGUACUGUUGAAGAUGUUACGAAGCCAAAAACAAAGAAGAAGAAGAUUGUUAAAAAGAAGACCAAUGAACACGAUGAUAUUAUUCAAAAGCUGCUUGAGCAAGAGAUUGAAAAAACCGAAUUGGAAAAAUACGAGAAAAUGGAGUUUGAUCUUCCUAAGAAACUAAAACCAGAGUUUGCAAACCUUGAACCAAUGAAAAUUGAGCGAACCGAACACAAACCAACAAAGGUGACAAUUGUUGAAGCUGCAGAGGUUCCAAAGACUGUUAAGUUGAAGCCUGGCAAACGGAAGGAAAAGCCUUCUGAAGAACAGGCAGUACAACUUCCCAAAUUCAGGCUAAAGACGCGCAUGACAAUGGUCGAAUAUCCGCCAGUACCUCAAAUACCAAAACUGACUGACAUAGGUGCAGUAAAAGACAAUGGUGAGCUCUCUCGCAAUAUUGAAGAAGCCGAGGAGGUAUUGAAGUUUAAGCCCCACAAGACAAAGAAAAUCAAGAAAAUAAAGGAUGACUUAGAGAAGGUGGAGCUCGAAAAGUAUGAGAAAUACGUUAGUAGCGAAGAAGAACCCGAAGAACAGAAGCCAUACCAGAAACCAGAAAAGGCUCAAAAGACAGAAGAAAGUCCUGAAGAUGUCAAACUUAAGAUUGGCAAGGGCAAGAAGAAGCCUAAGGAGGAAGAGUCUCAAGAAAAUGUUACUCUCAAAAAGAUACCACAGAAAUCUGUAGAAAGUGAAGAAGUGGUUGAAAAGAAACCUAAGGAAAAGGAUGUAGUAGUUAUUGAAGAACUUCCAAAGCAGCCCAAGGAACAGGACAUUCAAGUCGAACCGUUUGAGCCAAUUGAUUUUGAGCAUCCUGAAUAUGUACCAGAAGAGCUUGAACAAAUCGAGCAACCUGAAAAGCCCGAAAAGACGAAGAAACCCGGUAAGACCAAAUACAAGCCAAAGGAGAAAUCCAAGCCGGAACAGGACACUAUCAUAACAGAAAUUGUUCCUGGUAAGCCUAAGGAAGAAGAAGAGGUACCUGAACAACAAGUCAAGUUCCGUAAACCUGAGAGUGAAGCUCCUGAAGAGACUGACACUCAAAUUAAAUUAAAGCCUGUUCAAAAACCUGUUGAGGACACAGUAGUUGAAGAUGUCGUUGUUAAGUCCAAGGACGAGGAACCUCAGCCUACAGUUGAAGAGUCUAAGCCCGUUGAGGAAGUGAAAAAGCCUAAGAAAACGAAAUCUAAACCAGUUGCACAAAAAGAAGAAGAAACUACAGUGGAACAACCAACAGAAUUUGAGAUUUCAGUUAAGGACGAGGAAAUAAUUAAAGAAAAGCCAGUUGAAGAAGAAAAGCCUAAAGAAGUAAAGGUAAAACAAAAGAAACCAAAGGAGGCUCCUGCUGCCGAAGUUGAAAUCGUCGAGGAAACACAGACUGUCGAUGUACCUGAAGACAUACCCGUUGAGUACAAAAUUACUACAACUGUUUUGGAACCCGAGGAAGCUCCAAAGGAACAUCAAGUCAGGGUUUUGGACUUUGAUGAAAGGGAAGUCACUACUGAGGAAGUUGUUGAAGAAAAGGUUGUAACAAGAAAGAAGAAGCCAAAGCCUCAACAACCAGAAGUAUUUGAAGUCACUCUAAAGGAGCCAGAGGAAACACAACCAGAACCAGAAGAAAUCACUGCUGAGGUUGUGAUACCAAUAAAACAACCUGAACAGGAACCUGAGCAGUACGAAGUGGAAUUGAAGUUAACCGAAUCACAACCACAAGAACAGGAAAUAACAGUUAAGAAGAAACCUAAGAAGAAGCCUGUGGAGGAGGUAAGAGAAGUGGAACAACACGUGGUGAAAGAAGUGGAAGUCCAACCGGCCGAAGAAGAAGAGGUUAUUGUUCAAGAAGAACAAAUUAGUCAAACUGAUACUCCGAAAUCUUUCGAGUUCCAAAUUACUGAAACGCAAGCUCCUCAAAAGAAACCUGAAGAAGUUAUCGAAGAAAAGCCGGUUGAAAAGGUGAAAGAAAAGGCACCCAAGCCGAUUGAAAAGACAGACUCUUACCAGAUCAGCAUUAAAGAAUCUCAAGUUGAAAAUGUUCUCGAAACGACAAAGCAGCCAGAAGAGGAAGUUCCUGAAGAGGUAGUUUUUGCCCCAAGGCCAAAAGAAGAUAAAACAUUUGAGGCAGAGUUUGUCAUAACGGAACCAAAACGUGAAGAAGUUGCCGAAGUUGAAGCCGAAAUCAAACCGAAGAAGACUAAGAAACCAAAGAAAACUGAGGAGGCCGUUAGUCACGAUAUUAAGGUUGUCGAAGUAUCUGCACCGGAGGAAGUAGUAGAUGAAGCUCCACAAAUUGAAAUUGUUGAGAAAGAAACAGUGAUUGCUGAAGAAAAGCCGGAUGAAUAUACAAUUCGUGUAUCUGAAACAAAAGAAGCACAACCAGAUGAGCCUACACUUGCACAAUUUACUGUAAAGAAGGCAAAGCCUACUCCAGAAGCUACUGAGGAGCCGGAAGCUGAGUUUGUUCUUAAAGAAAGCAAGCCAAUUGAAACCGUUACCGAAGACGCCCAAAUAAAGACGAAGAAGCCCAAAAAGAAGGUUAAGGAUGUUGAGGCAGAGGAAUUAAAGAUACAGAUUUCGGAAGAAGUCCCACAAGAAGUUCCAGUAAUCGAAGAAAUCGAAGAAGUUGCAAUCAAAGAAAAAGAGGAAGCUCCUGUGGAAUAUAAAUCGUAUGAAAUUGGAGUGAAGGAAACAGUUCCAGAAAAGCCAGUGGCACCUGUGGAAGAUGAAUUGGUUGUUGAACCAGUCGUUGAAGAGCCUCAACCUGCACCUGAAGAACUGAAGGUGAAAGUUAUUGAAGAAACUCCACGUGAAAUUAUAGAAGAAGUUGUGGAGGAGGACGUUAAAGUUAUUCGUAAGAAGAAACCCAAGCCACAAGUUUCAGAAGAGCCGGAGACUCAAGUGAGCUUUACAGGUCCAAAGCCGGUAGAUGAGGUUGAAGCAGUACAAAGCGUCACCAUCGUACCUGAAGUUCCAACUGAUGAGGAGGCUGCUGAGCUCAAGAUAACCGUUAUUGAUGAAAUUUCUGAGCCCCAGGAACUAAUUCAAGAAAUAGAAGAAAUCGACAUUAUUGAAGAAGAAAAGAUUCAACCUAUUCCGGAAGAUAUACCCGCAGACUUUAAGUUUAGUCUUAAAGAGACAGAGGCACCAAAGGAAACGGUCGAGGAGUUACCAGAAGAACAAUUUACCAUUAAGAAGAAGAAAAAGGUGCCUGAGCAACUUAUUGUUGAAGAACCUGAAGCUGUAUUCGAAAUUAAGCCCAAGCCACAAGUCGAGGAGGUAACUGAAGAAGCCAAGAUCAAGAAAAAGUCCAAAAAGCCAGUUAAAGAAGAAGAAGCUGCCGCUGAGCUUAAAGUAACAGUCAUCGAGGAGGUAGCACCAGGACCAGAUGUUAUUGAGAUUGUGGAAGAAGUUGAGGAAACUCCAGAAGAAAUAAUUGUCGAACAGCCAGAAGAGAAACCAGUUGAGUACAAAUUCAAGGUUUCUGAAAGCCAACCAGAAGCUCCAGAAGUACCUGAAGAGCAGCAAGUAUCGCUGCCGAAGAAAAUACCAAAGCCCGUUCAAGUGACUGAAGAGCCUGAAGCUGAAGUUACUCUAAAACCUAAACCAAAGGUUGAAGAAGUAAAAGAAGAAGCAAAAAUAAUCAAAAAGAAACCUAAGAAGCCAGUUGUGGAAGAAGCUGCUGAAGAAGUGACUGUCAAGGUCGAAGAAGAAAUCACUCCAGAGCCAAUAGUUGUAGAGGAAGAAGUAAUUGAAGAGGUUCAAGUUAAGAAAUCAGAAAAACCAUCCCUAGAAGAAGAAAUUGAUGCUGCCGUUUUUAAAUUAAAGAAGCCUGAAUCACCUGAAGAAGACGAAGUGGUAGCAGAGGUUACUCUGAAGCCAAAGGUUCCCAAGGAAGUUCAGGACGAAGAGUUCUCGGUGGACGUCAAGCUACCAAAGGAAAAGAAGGUUUCUGAGGAAACAUCUAACGAAACAGUGCAACUUAAGAAAAAGAAGAAGCCACAGAAACCUGUAGAAGAGGCUGCUGAUGAACUCCAACUCCAACAAACUGUUAUUGAAGAAAGACCAGUUGAGAUUGAAGAAGAGGAAAUUGUUGAGGAAGCCGUUAUUAUACGUAGAAAGCCUAAAAAACCCAUUGAACCAACUAUUGAAGACCUUGAAGAAACUGAAUUUAGCCUUUCAUUCAAGAAACCACAUACCAUUACUGAAGGUGUGGAAGAGGCAGCAACAGUUCUGAAGAAGCGUCCAGUCAAACCUACCACCCACGACGAAGCUGCAGCAGAAUUGUCAAUAAAACGUCUAGAGGAAGAAUACGAAGAAGGCGAUGAUAUUGAAGAAUUUGUUGUUAGCCAGCGUAGAAAGCCUAAGGAGUUGCAAAUUACAGAUGAAGCAGACCAAGAGUACACAGUCAAGAAGCUUAAACGUCGCAAGAAGGUUGACAUUCCAGAAUUCACAGAUGUUGAAAACGUUACUUUCCGCGCUAAGAGCACAAAAACCAAAGAAGACGUUGACCAAGAAUUCAAUAUUGCUCUUGAUUCCUAUGCUGAAGAAGAGGUAUCAAUGUCUGGAAAGGUGAAAAUUAAGAAACCUAUUAAAAAGACGUACUCUGAAGCAACAGACGAGGCAAAGAUCAAAAUCAUACAGGACUAUGAUGACGGGGAAGGUCCAAUCAUUGAAGAAAUACGCGACGACGAGGAUACCAUAGAUGAAGUUGAAGAGCCAGAGGAGUACAUGGUAGAAGAAUUACCUCCAGAUGAGGUAGACUUCAAGCUUAAACCAAAGAAGCAACCUAAGCCAACUUACUCGGUUCAAGACGAAGAGGAAGAACAAUUCCUUAUUGGUAUUCGACAGCCGAAACGCGAUUCUGUAACGUAUGACGAAGAUUCUCUUACAUUCAAAAAGAAGCGUAAAGUCAUUCAACAACUCUUUAAUGAAGAUGGCGCUUCACUUAACAUUACCAGAGAAAUGGAUGUGGAAGAAUCCAAUACCGAGAACAUUAUGUAUUCUAUCUGCAAUUAUAUUGCGGACAACGACGAGGCUAUUAACUUAGUUGAGGGUGAAAAGGUCCUGGUUAUUGGUCGCCAUAGCUCUGAAUGGUGGUACGUCAAGAAGAGCAUCACAGAGGAAGAAGGUUGGGUACCCGCCCAAUACCUUAUGGGACCCGAGGAAUAUGACCAAUAUGUUCAAAACAAACUGCAUGAGAAGAUCGAUAAGUUACCCGUCUUUGAAAGACCUGGACCUGAAGACAAGCCGAUUGCCCCACGUUUCAUUGAAAAGCUGCAGCCUAUUCAUUCACUUGAUGGUUACACUGUUCAGUUCGAAUGUAAGGUUGAGGGAAGUCCAAGACCUCAGAUUGCGUGGUUCCGCGAAACUGCUAUCAUUAAGCCUUCGCAAGACUUCCAAAUGUUCUAUGAUGAUGAUAAUGUAGCCACUUUAAUUAUUCGCGAAGUUUUCCCAGAAGACGCUGGCAAAUUUACUUGCGUGGCCAAGAAUGCCGCUGGCUUCACAUCAACCACAACAGAAUUGAUUGUGGAAAGUCCUUUAUCUGAUCAUGGCUCAGAUGCCACUGCAUUGUCACGCAGGAGUAUGUCGCGUGAAUCCUCAUUGGCUGAUAUCCUUGAGGGCAUUCCACCAACAUUCUCACGCAAGCCCAAGGCACAAUAUGUCGACGAGGGCAGCAACGUUAUUCUGGAAUGCCGCCUUGUUGCGGUUCCCGAGCCCGAUAUUGUGUGGACCUUUAAUGGCGAAGAUAUCGAUGAGGAGGAAAUUAAAAACAUUCGUAUCGUAACUGAAUCUGAUAUGCACAUGUAUUGUAGCGUUGUUCAUAUUACUAAAGUGAAGAAAUCUCAGGAGGGGACCUAUGAAGUUAUAGCUACAAAUCGUGAGGGCGAAUCGCGUCUGCCCAUCACACUUAAGGUGCGAACUUCCGACAAAGAAGCCCCACAAAUUCUAGAACCGCUGCGUAACAUGGUAGUUCGUGAAGGAGAGAGCGUCAUGCUCUCUACCCAGAUUGUUGGCAAUCCACCACCCAAGGUAACGUGGUACAAGGAUGGCAAGCCUAUUAAGAAUGGCAAGACCGAUAAGGAUAUUCAUACUCUUACCCUCAUCACGCCAAAGAAGUCGGAGAAGGGAGAAUAUACUGUCAAGGCUGUCAAUCCUUUGGGCAGUGUGGAAACUACUGCUAAUCUGACGAUUGAAGAACCGACAACUGGUAAUGCUGAGCCUCCACUGUUUGUGGAACGUUUCGAAGAGCAAUCUGUACCACAAAAGGGUGUUAUUCGACUACCAGCAAAGGUGUCCGGCAACCCUGUACCAGAGGUUCAAUGGCUAUUUAACAACAGUCCGUUGUUCCCCAACGAACGUAUUCAGCAAGUGUACGAUGGUGAAAAUAUUGAGCUCGUCAUUCAGAAUGCCAAUCCUGAAACAGAUUCGGGUGACUACAAGUGCAUUGCCAGCAAUCCUGUUGGCAAGACAUCGCACGGUGCCCGCGUUAUUGUCGAAGUCGAUGAGGUGACCUUUACCAAAAAGUUAAAGAAGACAAUUACCAUUGAAGAGGUGCAAUCGUUAACGUUGGAGUGCGAGACUUCUCAUGUGGUAACAACUAAGUGGUUCUUCAAUGGCAAGGAGUUGAGCGGCAUGGACCAUCGCGUUGUUGUUGAGGAUGGCAAGACACACAAGCUGGUCAUAAGGAACACAAAUCUUCGUGAUUCCGGCAAAUAUGUGUGCAAGGUCAAGAAACAAGAAACCGAAUCAACUGUGGAGGUUCUAAAGCGUAAACCAGACUUUAUAAAGGUUCUAGAAGAUUACGAGGUAACUGAGAAGGAUACCGCCAUUCUGGACGUUGAGCUGACAACUGAAUCGACUGAGGUCACCUGGUACAAGGACGGCGAAAAGAUUACAAUUGAAAGCAAGAACUGUGAAUUCAUCAAGGAUGGCAAAUCGAGACGUUUGGUGAUACACGAUACAACCAUACAUGAUGAGGGCGAAUACACGUGCAAGAUCGAGGGUCAAGAGUGCAGUGCAGAACUGACUGUCAUUGAACUACCACCAGAGAUUGUAACUCCAUUGAAGGAUGUGUCUGUUACUAAGGGCGAAAAUGCUAUAUUCCACAUUGAACUAAGCAAGGGCGAUGCUCUGGUAAAAUGGUUCAAGAACGGCAAAGAAAUCAAGUUCGACGAACGCAUUCAACUCGCAAUUGAUGGCAAGAAACAAUCCCUUCGCAUUGUCAAGGCCAAGCCCGAAGAUGUGGGCGAGUAUUCCAUAGAGGUUGGCGAACAAACUUCCAAGGCAAAACUGACUGUCGAAGAGCCAUUGGUUGACUUCAUAGUGCGAUUGCCAGAUGUUACACUCGCCACAAAGACAACAGAUGCUGAAUUUACCGUUGAACUGUCUCAGCCGGACGUUGAAGUUACGUGGUGUAAGAAAGGCAAGCCCAUUAAGCCAAAUAAGAAGCAUGAGGUAUUCGUUGAGGGCACAGUGCGUCGCCUGGUCAUCCAUGAUGCCAGCGAUGAUGAUGCGGGUGAGAUCAGCUGUAUUGCUGAAAAUGUCACCAGCAGCACUAAACUGUGCGUUGAAGAGCUUAAACUGCCACCCGUGAUUACCUCUGACAAGGAUCAAACCAUCAAAGUAAAGGAGGACGAGGAUGCUACCUUCACUGUCAAGUACACUGGCGCUCCGACUCCAGAGGCCGUAUGGACAUCGCGCAAGGUUGUCAUUCCUAAGACAAAGCGUACAAUCCCAACCAUCGAUGAACAAUCCGCAACUCUAACCAUUAAAAAGGUCGUUGACGAUGAUGAGGGCGAGUACACGGUCAAACUGGUCAAUCCUGUGGGUGAGGCCGAAGCCAGCCUACACUUGGUCAUUAUGCGCAAACCCACGGCACCUGGAACCCCUCAGCCACUGGAGGUAAUGCACGACUCGAUAACACUUUAUUGGAGGGCGCCCGAAGACGAUGGCAAGUCCGAAAUCAUUGAAUACAUUCUGGAGUACCAUGAUGUUAAGGAAGAAAAAUGGACUGAGAUUCGCAAGAUUAAGGACACAACGUAUACGAUAAGCAAACUAAAGAUCGACACCGAAUAUGUGUUCCGUUCGAUUGCGGUCAACGAAGUUGGCCCCUCACCGCCAUCACCUGCAUCGCCACCUAUUCGUCUGGUGCCCAAGGUUCAGACCGAGGCACCCAGCGUACGCGAGCCACUGCAGGAUAUUGUCAGUGAACUGGACAAGGAAGUGACACUAUCCUGUGUGUUUGGCGGCAUUCCUGAGCCAAGCGUUACCUGGAAGAAGAACGGCAAGAUCAUCGAGUCUACGACCAAUGUGCGCUACGAAAAUCGGGUGGCCAAGUACAUCAUUGAAAAGACAACCAUUGAGACUGAAGCCACCUACACAUGCGUGGCAACCAAUGAGAAGGGCACAGUGGAGACAUCGUGCAGACUGAAGCUGCAGCAGAAGCCAAUCGUGGAGAUUGAGGACAAGUAUGUGGCACAGAAACUGCGCACUGGCGCUACUCUCAGCAUUCCAGCAACGGUUCGUGGCUAUCCCAAGCCCACAGUCACCUGGCACAAGGAGACUAUCGAGCAGAAGUCGACCAAGGAGAUUACCAUUGAAACCACCGAAACAAGCUCUACCUAUACGAUUAAGAAGGUAACUCGCGAGCACUCUGGUCGCUACAAGGUGACGGCCACCAAUGAGUGGGGCUCCACUCAUAUGGAGUGCACGGUACAAGUAAUUGAUAAGCCAAGCAGGCCGCAAUCGUUGGAGGUUAAAGACAUUAAAAAGGAUUCAAUUACCUUGGAAUGGACGCCGCCAAUUGACGAUGGUGGCAUGGAUAUUAGCAAGUACACGUUGGAGAAAUGCGAUGUGCAGAACAACGUAUGGAUGAAGGUCUCCGAUUUCGACAAGGAGAUCAACUCGUAUGCCAUUCAAAAGCUUUCCAUGAAUGCCCAAUACAUGUUCCGUGUUGUGGCUAUCAAUCCUAUUGGCGAAUCCGAACCAACGGAGAGUCAAACAGUCACAAUCACCAAGAAGUUUGAGAAACCAUCCCCACCACGCGGCCCCACCGCCGUCUCUGGCAUGAACGACACAUCGUUCACACUGUCCUGGGAACCGUCGGAGAGCGACGGAGGCUCGAAGAUAAUCGAGUACAUUGUGGAAAUCAGGGAAGAGACUGAGACAGUCUAUCGCUCGGUGGGCAUCACGACGGGCACUGUGACAAACAUUCAAGUGGAGAAGGUUGUGAGAAACAAGGGCUAUCUGUUCAGGAUCUACGCUCGUAACGAGGUCGGCACCAGCGAGGCGUUCGAGACCACGGAGAAGAUUGUUGUGGGUCGCAAGAUAACCCCGCCAUCGCCACCUCAGAAUCUGAGGGCGCCGGAUGUGACAAGUCGCAGCGUCACCCUCGACUGGGAGGUGCCAGCCCGCAAUGGAGGUUCCGAAAUUACAGGCUACUGUGUGGAGAAGAAGUCUUCCACAUCGACCAGCUGGACCAAGGUCAUUACACUGGAUGCACAUCAGCUGCACUACACCAUUGACAAUCUGAAGGAGAAGUGCGAGUACUGGUUCCGUGUCUCGGCGGAGAAUGAGGCUGGUUUAGGUGCACCAGCCGUCACCGAGAGCGUCUCGCUAAAGACACAUGCCAGUGAGUAUUGUUUGAUAUUUAAACGAGUGCACAUUGGAUAAGUAUUUGCUUGUAUUUUUGUAGCUGUACCAUCGCCACCAACUGCUCCACUGGAGGCGCGAGUUCUCGCUGCCAAUGCACACAUAUUCGAAUGGGGUAUUCCCGAGUCAGAUGGAGGUGCGCCACUGCUCGGCUAUCACAUUGCCAUACGUGACAUGAAGAAGUCCAUGUGGAUUGAGGUUGGUCGCGUGCCAGCCGGUGUGCAAAAGUUCCAGAUUCGCGAUCUGCAAGAGAAUCACGAAUACAUGAUUCGCAUAUUCGCCAAGAACGAAAUUGGUCUAAGUGAACCUUUGGAAUCCGAAGAGCCAUACAAGGUGAUGACUGCGGGUCACGAAAGUCUGCCAGAUGAGCCGCGUACUGAGAUGAGCACAUGCAACACAUCGUCGUGGUUGCGAGACCACAACAUGGAUGCAGACAUUCAUUCGUAUGCGCGCGGCAGACUGCUUCAACGCGAUGAGUACUUCUUCCGUCUGUGGGCACAAAUACCCCAGAAGAAGAAGAAGGACUCCAAGUAGUAUGUAAAUGAGACAACUACGAACUAAUCAACUUAGCGAUAGCAAGUACCAGACAUGACAUAAACGAAAUGAAACUUAGGAUUAGGCUUAAGCAUACUCUACUACUAUUUCAAUUUUUGUAUUUAAUUCAUUAUUUCUUUUGUAGCUUUUUUUGUACUUUGAGAAAGAAAACACACAGAGUUUGUAAAGAUAAUGUAGUGAUUGGAAUUGCGUCCAGCUUAGUACAGCGAUGUCCACGACAUUCUCCCCCUCCAGAGACAAAGAGUGCGAGCGAAGAAAAUACUUAAUGUAUUUGGCGGGGGGAGGCGUGGACGUGGCUGUGAGUUGUGUCGCCCAUUACAUAAUCUCUGUAGUAAUUUUUGAUUCGUUAUGAUUUGCAUAAAUUCUUAUGAUUUUCUUCACUUUAUUUUUGUAAGCUGUGAUAAAUUUAUCAAAUUCGAAAGCGUCAAACGAUAUGAAAAGCCAUGAAUUCAGCGCCACGACUCAACGAGCAUCGGGCAACGGCAGCCAGUGGACCACAACAGCAGCAAUAGCAAUUCGUAACAACAAUAACAAUCCGAGGGGCAACAACAAUAACACAACAGAGCGGACUCAAUAUCCUCUAGGGAGACAAACAACAAAUGGUGCAAUUCGAUAUGAGUUACGAGUAUGUUUGUGCUAUAUUUGUGUGUUGCCCAUUUGAUUGUCUGUUCUCUGCUGUCGCUGUUCAGUUGUCGCACUGCUGGAUGCUGUUGCCUUUGCCGUGUGUUCGCAGUGCGCUGAAUUGAUGGCCAGAGAAACAGAGGGUUACAUAACUAUGUAAAACAAAACCAAAUAAAGAAAAACAAUUAUAAUAAAAAACAAAUUUAAAUGAAUUUUUAACGAA